AACAUUUUCAUUUUUUUGUAGUUUUUUUAAUCAGCUGCAAAAGUAACUAUAUCUCAUAACCAGUAACAUUCAGAUAGAACUUUAGCUUUAUCCCACCGAUAUCUUUAUAUCGAUCUUUAAAAUAUAUUGGCUCUUCUUAUACUUUCUUUGACUCUCCUUCUCUUAAUUGAAAUUUCCUCUUGAAUAUUGAAGUUACAGACUUUUCAUUCAACGCCUCUCUUUCAUCAACACCGGCUCUCUCUGAUGCUGCAAGGCGUGCCCCAUGUGAUACUGACGGGAGGUGAAGGACGUCGUGUGUGCGCGGUGGGGUCCUAAAAGAGUUUGCUGAUCCUCUCACUUCAUCACUCCAGAUCUAGGCCACCCCGGGGCGGAGUUGCACUGUACACUUACUCGUCGUUUGGACGCUGUUGGAUUGUUCGCUUGUAGUCGUCUUGUCUCGAAGCGGAGGGCCUCUAGUGAUUUUUAAGAAGACGAGGAGAGUUCGCAGCUUUGAGAUUUGUUAGCAAUGGGAGCAGAGAGUUCAGUGCAACGUGACGGGAAGAGCCAGGAUGAUGCCUCAGCUUCAGCCUCAGCCGGAGAGGUGAACGUGCUUCAGGAGGCGAGCAGCGUCCUCGACAGCAAGGUAAGCCGACAGCGAGGCUCUUUGAUCCCGCCAACCGUCCUCCAAACCCCCACGUAAAAACGAUAAAUUUACGAGCUGUAACCGUGUUCUUUUUUUCUCUAAAUAGUGUACCCGUGUGUUGACAGACAUGCUGUAUCUGUCGUUGACACCCCCCCCCCCCUUCAGUUUGUGCAUCAGUUACGUGCUGCAGCGCGCUCCAUGUGCGCCUGACGCAGAUUCUUGCUGAGUAAUGGGUCGAGUUUUCUGCAGUCCCGCAGUAAUAAAACGGCAGUAUCCCAGCUCAGUCCAGAUUUUCACUCAGACCUACAGGCAACCUGGAGCCAGAGUCUUAUUGUCACAAUAACAUAUAUUUGUUUCCCUCUGACAUUUUUGGCCCUUCAGUGAGGACCAGUGAACAAGUGCAAUGAAUUAAAUUAGACUUUAACAUAUUGAUAACAUGAUUACUGUAAACACUCCAUUUAUCAUCUACUUUUAAAUGUUAAUUUCCCUAGGGUUACGAAGCAGCAGCAAAUUUUCCUCACCUAGUAAGGUUAUAAACCUGUGAUGUAUUCCAAAAAUAAUUGAAAAUGAAAGUGUUUUGUGCUUUUGUUUUAUUGAUGAAAAUGAAGUUUUGAUUGAUAGCAACACACAAGUGAUACGAGUGAUAUGAGAUCUGCAGAGCUGAAAAGCCCAAGUUGCUUAACAGCUAACACAUCAAUAUAGAAAAGAAAAUGUAAUGGAAUUCUACAAAAAAAUACCAUAAGAUCCAAGUGCUGAGCAAUCACUGAAAAUACACCUUUGAGAUAGCUUGUAUAUACUAUAUAAUUCUGUUGAGCUAUGAAAGUCAGAAUUUGCUUGAUGAAACACGUCAGUCUUGCUGCAAACUUUCCUAAAAAAAGAUUGAAAAUGUAAAAAUACUGGUUAAAUUGAAGUAAUAAUUAUAAUUUAAAAAAUAUAUAUAUUUUUAUGUUAUGUGAUUUUCAGGGAAUUUGUCUCCUCACAGGAAAUCAGAAACAUUCUCAGCAUAUUUGGGAAGAAGAUCAAGUAUAUCUGCUGAGACCAGUUAAGCCUACAUGCCAGAUAGAUGACAGCUAAAGAGGAGACACGAAAGGCAUUGCUGACAAUUUCAAAACUGACUUAAACAACUCAUAAGCGUCUUAAAUAAUCAAUUCUUUUCCUCCAUACCUCUUUAUUUUAAUCUAAUCAACCUCUCCACUCUUGCUUGAAGCCUGAACAUGAUUCUCUCUGCAGUUUGUUGUUGCCAGCUUCUGUCCUUAGAUUGUUCUGACUCUGCACUCUUACCUUGGUGUAAAUUGCUCAGCUUUGUGUGAAUGAAUAUUUCUAAAGGGCUCACUAAUGACUGUAUGUUUUCACCACCUGCUCGAUUCAUGCCUUGCACAAUCUAUUGGAUUUAUUGAUUUUUGUUUAUAGGCUGGAGGUCAGCAGGUCACACUUGGUAGACCUGUUCUGUUCCUGACAGGUCAGCACUAAGGUCACAUGACACUGAGGUGGACUUUAAGUCAGACAAAGGACACAAAGGGUUAAACAUUUGGUCAAGAUUUUGAUCCUGAAAACAUGCAAGUUGUUUGCACGUGCGUGCGUGCGAGUGUGUGUGUUUUAACAUACUGGUGUGUAUGUAAAGUUGUUUUCCAGAGAAUUGACAUCAUUGGUGUGGGUGUUUAGUUUGCCCCUGCGCUUGUUAUUGCAGGUGUUAUAUCAGUGCUGUGUUUGAUAAGACUUAACCUUUGUCAGAGAAGUGUAUAAUAUAAAAUGUUUCAGAGCUGCCUGUGACUUUUUGAGUGCAUCUGUUUGCCUAGUAGCUUUGAGUAUGGGGGAUGUACUUCUUGUCUUCCGUCUCUCUGCGUAGAUGGCCAUUAGUUAAUCACUGCGUUGCCGUCAAGCUUCAACACCAGCCAAAGUUGUAUUGUCUAUUUGUUAUUUACAGUUAUUUGAGUUCACUUUCAUAACAAAUCAAUAAAAGCCACCACAGUGAAAACAUUAGUAUCAUGUGGAUUGAAAUGAAACACUCAGACCAGUGCUCAAAUGUUCGUUGCAGUUCUUGAUGGGGACCUGUGACGCACAUAUUAAUCUGAUUACAGUCAGUAAUAUGAGCAGAGCUCACAUCAUAAGAUCGCUGUCUUAAAGAUGUUAAUUAUUUUUGAAUACUGAUGCAGAUAUCUUACAUAAUUGCAAUUAAGUCACAUUAUUUAUAAUUUAUUCUCUUUAUUUCAACCAUAUCAGGUUGUGAGUAUAUGAAGACAAAUAUAAAGCAUUUUCUAAGCUUCAUCAGCUUCUAGUAUUGGGGCCUGUGAGUCAUCACUAUCUAGUAUCUCGUAAAGUUAAAAAACAAAAAAAAAAGAUUUUGGGCUCUAUUUUCGUGUCCGCCGGUGAGGUGGCGGAGGUUGGCGGACCCCGUGCAGUGCUUUUUUCGUCUGGCGGAGCCUGGCGUACAGCCAGUUUGGUAUUUUCGUGGACUGAGGCGCACCGAGAUCCGGCAAGCUGGGUGUGGUGGCGUGGCAGAGGGAGGUGUCAACAGAAUCAGCUGGUGCAGUGACAUUUUCGUGCUCGCCAGUGGCGUAUAAAGUGCGCUGAAAGCUUGCCGAUUCAAACCUGGUCAGCUUUCAGUGCAGGCAGAACGCAGCUGGUCUAGUGGUAUUUUGGUACACCUGUGGCGUAUCGGCAUACGUCACCGAUGCCUCACCGGCAGGUUUCCACAGUGUCAGGCACAUUUCAGUGCAAUAAGUAAUCACCAAGAACUAAUAAUCUGAGUCAGCACAUACAUUUAGAUCUAUAUAGAUAUAUUCUGAUCUAUAUCUGAUGAGCGCAUUUGGCACGCAUUUGGACACAUGACCUGACCAAAUCAACACAGCUGAAACCGCAUUAAAUUAAAUUAAAUAUCUAGUAAAUAGACACACAUGAUGAAGUUAACAAAAUAUGUAAUUCUUCUCCCUCCUUUUCUUUCUUCCUCUUAUUUCUCGCGCAGCUCGACCUGGACAUGUCUCCGUAUCUUCUCCCUGUCCUGCUGCAGCUGCUGCUGCAGCUGCUGAACAGAUGAUUUGUUUCAGUGAUCAGAUGAGUUAUUUACUUUAAGCCUACAUGCGGAUAUUAUAAUAUUCAGUUUUGUGAGCCACAUUUAUUUUAUAUGCCAACAUCUAUGAAAGAAAGAGCCAGGCCACGGAGCGCGAUGCGUCAUUUAUGCACAAAUGGUUCCGAUUUUAAUGCCAUUUUUGGAAUUUAUGUUGUGAUCUCUGCGCACAACCCACCUUUGUCAUGUGAAGUUUGAAUGUAUGCAACUUCAUGUGAGUGUCUUUAUUUGUGGAAAAGGGCGUUUGUCUUACCAGUGGGUCCAAACUUACACACAUCAAAUCCAUCUGUGCUUAUAUGAGACAGUGUGAAGGAUGCCCUCUACAGCGCUUACAGUGACACUUGUUGAGGGGCUGCCUUCUGUUGCCAUCGUGUGGCAUUGCUACUUCACAAAAAUUGUAAUUCGCCUCGCCGGUGGCGGAUUUAAAGGAGAGGAGAGGAGCUGAUGUUAUUGGUUAUUACAGGUCUUGGCUGUGUUAAACCCACUCUAUGCCCUCUCUACGACUUACGCCGCUGGGAGGAGCUGAGUUGGGGGGGGAUACUUACGCUGGGCUGCGCCACUCACCAAAAUACCAAAUUGUGCUUGAGAACGCCUUGUCGGCGCGGUGGACCUGACUUACGCCGUGCCUGCGGCAUGUCUCCGGCGAGGCAUGAAAAUAGAGCCCUUUACCUCCACAUUUCCAAAGUAGUGGUUCUUGAAUAAUUGUCUGAGAGCCAUUAAAAGGGGAAAAUAUCAUGGCAAAAUAUUGUAAUUGUAAGAAAAGGAAGAGGAACGUGACUGUAAACUGCUCCUGAAACUGAGGAGCCUGUAAACUUGAAGGUUUCCUUUGUCAGUGAUAUACAUUAGUCUGAGAUGAAAACAGUCAUUUUAGUGGAUGAAAUGGUAAUAUAGUCACUUAAACUAUGUGGAUUAGGCAGAUAAAUGGUUUAUGAAAUAUAGCUGGGGUGUUACAUAGAGAGGGAAGGGGAAAAUGUUUGGAUGGUCACAGCAUGUGCUUGUGGAAGCCUUCCCUCCUGAUACACAGUCGAUAAAUAUCUUCCUCACUUUACAGAGUAAUUAUAGCAAUGUCUCUCCACUGACCUGACCUUCUCAUACCUCUGACUCUCCUAUGACAUUUGUGUGAUUUCAAAAUUUAGGACAUUUAGGACAUAAAACAAGUGGAUUACAAGCAGUUUUUUUCUAAGUUAGAGCAACUAAGAAAGACUCAAACCAAAAUGUAUCUUUCUCACAGUACAGUUGCUAUAAUGACUGAUUAGAGAGCAUGACUUUUUUAAAAGUUCUUAUUCCUCUUAGUUUCCUUAAAUGCCAUGUGGGCAGGAGCUUUCUCUUAAUGCGCUCUUAUCAUUAUGUUAGUAAGUGCCCUCACGUAUACACAACUGGUGCAUGAACAAUGGCAAACACACCACAAAAAGCCCUCUAACAUGAGACCUGCAUCACAUGUCAGGUCUUCCCAUCACAACAUCAGCAGCAGGUGACUCCAAUGAUCCCACAUAUUGUUAUGCAAUGUAAUGUGAACUGAUUAAGGCUGGUAUGUUCCUGUAUAAUGAGCUGCAGCUGAUCAGACACUGCUGUGGCUCUGAUUAUCCUGUUAGCAGAGAGAGAAAUAGAGGGUGGGGGGUGAUUGGGGUGGGGGUUGGGGUGGGGGGGGCAGAAGGGGUCAAACAAGGGAUCCAUUGAGGAUGUGACAAGGCAGGGACAAGCUGGGGGCCCCUGUGUGCACCGGCCCAAAACAAGAGGAAGGAACCAGCAUGGGAAGUGGGGAUAGAGCAGCAUUUUAGGUAGGCACAGGAAGAGGGGACGGGUGUGGUGCCCAGAGAAUAAGAGAGAAAAAAAAUUGAGAGAAAGAGGGUCACCAGGGUGACAUAAAGGAAGAUGAAUCGGCUGAUUGUUCUUUCAGUUCUCCUUCCUUACUGAUUUUGAAAAGACACUGAAGACAGCAGGAGAGAAAAAAAGAGAAAGAGCAAACGCAAUGUGGUGGUGGGAUUGUGAGGAACUGCUGGUCCGAAAAUAUAGAAACAAAAAACUAACCACAAAAAAAGUGUUUUUUACAACUAUAAACUUUACAUCAAACAACAAAAUGCAACAUUUGUUUGUACAUGACAAUUUGGAUGAAAUAUUGCACUUAUGGAAAAAUGGAUCAGAUAAACCAAGCAGGACAGACCUGUGCAAAGCCAUGUUGCUGUAAACUCACUUCUACUGAUGUGCUAGAAUAAAUCUGAAGAGUUUUCUAGAUGUGAACUGUAAAACAAAAGCUGAGUUUAAAUUUAAAAAUAAGGUAAAUUAGCCAAGAAAAAAAAAGUCUAGUUUGGAAUACUAGUUUUCUUUCUUUACAUGGUAAAGUAAAAGUAAAAAAAAAAAACUUUAUAUAUUUUAAAAUAAGCCUCUUCAGAUAAAAAUCCCUUCAGUGAUACAUGUGGACUUGUUAGAGGAAAGAUUAAUACAUCCUGUCAUAUUUCAGUCAUUGUUCUGUUUUAAGCUAACUUUAAGAUAGAGCUAGAAUUAGCAAACAUGGUAGUUUGGGGCAACAUGUCUCAGUCAUUUUGGGGUUAGUUGUCACAUGUUUAAAAGGGAUUAAAAUUAACAUAGUGGGCUCUAUUUUCGUUUCUGCCGGCGGAGGAUGGUGGACCCCGCGCAGUGGUAUUUUCGUCUUGCGGAGCCCGGCGUACAGCCAGUUUGGUAUUUUAAUGGACUGAGGCGCACCGAGGUCCGCCAAGCUGGUGGAUGAACAGCUAUGUCUUAACUGCCUAACUGGCAUAGACAGCUAGAAUAUUAAGUUCCUCAUGCCAGGAUUUUUUUCUGAAGUUGAAACCAAAUCAGUGAUUCUACUUUACUUGUUUUUGUUGAGAAAUAACAGGAAGUGGCUUUUUACUAAUUAAUCUGUCCCUCGGCCAGUUUCUUAUCCUCUAUCUCUCAGAUUUGCUGCCAGCUCCCCAUUACAGUAAAAUCACGUGUGUGUGUGUGUGUGUGUGUGUGUGUGUGUGUGUGUGUGUGUGUGUUUGAGGGUGUAAUAAACCAGACUUCUUUUGUUCCUCUCUCCUCGCUGCCCCUAAAAAUUAGACCUCACUCCAAUACUUUGAUGCAGUAAUGAGGCUACACAAAGAUAUUAAAACCCAGAUGGCAUCAACAUGUUAGAUAAUAUUAUAAAAGGUGCUGUUCCUUUUUUCUACACUGCUUCCUUUUUCUCUCUACAGCCUGUGCAGUAUUCCCAGCUCUUUUUCUCCCAGCGCUGUAAGUCAUUGAAUUAUUUAUACAGAGCUGCAAUAGCAAUGGUAUUUCAAUCUCUCCACAAAAGUACUUCAGUUAACAUACAAAUUGAAGAACAUUGACCACAUAAAAAGCUCUUGAACUAUAAUGGACCUAACUCAAUUAGUAUUACAUAAGUUUGUCGAGGUUUUGCUGAGAAACUUGAUCAUUUACUUGCAAAUGUACCAGAAAAUAUUCUCUUAAAAUGCCAUUAGUUUCAAUUGUUAUUACUUGAAAAAGAGUAAAAAGAAUUCAUUGUUCUUAUUCGUCCCAUGAUUCUGUUGUAGAAACUAAAUGUAUUUCUGGACUGAGUCCACAAAAGAACUGCUUACAUCCUAGUUGAUGGAGCUUAGGGCAAUCAGUCUCAAGGUCACUCAGGAUCAAAAAUGCUUAAAAAGAACAAGAAUAACUUUAUUUUAUUUCCAAAGGGAAAUACAAUUGUCUGUCGUCUCAUUUGUCAUGUCUCAAAAGUCAUCUAAUAUUUAUAAAAGAGUUAUAGAGUCUGAUGUCUGUGGGUACAAAAGAUCUUCUGAAUCUUUCUGUCCUGCAGCGAAGAGAGAGGAGCCGUCCACCAUCAUUGGCCAUUUGGUCCAUUAAGGUGUUAUGAAGUGAGUGAUCCAUGUUCUUUAGAAUAGUCUCCACCUUCCUCAGUGUAGAUCUCUCCACCACAUCCUCCAAGUGAGUGCAACUUGAGUCCUACCACAGAGCCAGCCUUUUUCACCAGUUUGUUCAGACGUCUUGCAUCUUUGUGUUUGAUACUGCCUACCCAGCAGACUGCAGCGUAGAACAGAACACUGUAGACACAGACUGAUAAAACAUCUGCAGCAUCUUACUACAGAUGUCUGUAUGUCAGAGUCUUCUCAGGCAAAAGUGGUGGCUCUGCCCCUUUCUGUAGAUGAAGUCUGUGUUCUUAGAGCAGUCCAACUUAUUAUCCAGGUGUACACUUAGGUAUUUAUAUGAUGACACCACUUUGAUGCCCACUCCACAGGUGUUCACUGGCUGAAGAGGGUGGGGGGGUUGGAUCUGCGGGAGUCUAUGGCCAUCUUCUUUGUCUUUGAGGUGUUGAGGAGGAGGCAGUUUUUGUGACUCUAGUCACUGAACAUUCUUAUUAGAUCUCUGUAUUCAGCUUCUUGUCCAUUUCUGAUACAUGCCACGAUAGCAGUGUCAUCUGAGUAUUUCUGGAUGUAGCAGGAGUCAGUGCUGUAUUUGAAGUCUGAUGUAUACAAUGUGAACAGGAAUGGAGUCAGCACUGUCCCUUGUGGAGCCCCUGUACUGCUCAUUAAUGUCCCAGAAACACAGUUCCCCAGCCUGACAAACUGUGGCUGUCCUGUCAGGUAAUCUGUGAUCCAGGAAACACAGGCAUGAUCCACUCUCAUCUCUGUGAGCUUGUCUUUGAGUAUGGUGGGUUGGAUGGUGUUGAAUGCACUUGAAAAGUCAAAGAACAUGAUCUUCACAAAAAAACAGGUUCCUUCAGAUGAGACAGGGCACAGUGAAGCAUGUAGAGGACAGCAUCAUCCACUCCAGUGUGUUCUUUGUAUGCAAACUGCAGGGAAUUUAGUUUGUCUUUGACCUCAGACCUCAGAAGGCGCAGAAUCAGCCGCUCCAGGGUUUUCAUAAUGUGUGAAGUGAGGGCCACUGGUCUGUAGUCAUUGAGUUCAGCAGGACAUUUUGUUUUUGGUACUGGCACAAUGCAGGAUGUUUUCCACAGAGCAGGUACUCGCCCCAGCUGUAGAUUCAGUUUGAAGAUCCUGUGGAGAGGUUGACACAGUUCUGCAGCACAGUCUGUAAGCAGACUUGGACACACACCAUCUGGACCAGCUGCCUUCCCAGGGCAAAGUCUUCCAAGCUCCAUCCUCACCCCUGUUUCGGUAACAGACAUGGACUGAUGUUCUAGGAGGAAGGCAGUUGAAGUGGUUGAGACAUUUGAACAAGAUGGAGGAGGAAGGGGAGAAGUUGUAGUGGAGACUGUUGUGGAGAGGAAGGUGGAGUAGCAGUGGAAGUGGUGUGACAGCAGUGUCAAAUCUGAAGAACAGGUUGAGUUAAUCCGCUCUUUCCACAUCACCCACCGCUGGCUGUCUUUUCUUUUUAUUGCUGUGUCCAGAGAUGGUACUGAUUCCUCUCCACACUUCAUGUAUGUUGCUGUGUUGUAGAUUCCUCUCUACCUUCUUUUUGUAUUCCAGUUUUGCCAUCUUCAGUCUUCUCUUCAACUCUUGUUGCACUUGUUUGAGUCAUUCUUUGUCACUAUCUUUAAAAGUUUUCCUUUUCUGGUUAAGAAUUGCUUUUAUGUCACCUGUGAUCCAGGGUUUGUUGUUGGGGAAUCAGCGAACAGUCUUUGUCAGGAUAACCGUGUCUCUACAGAAGUUGACAUAUUCAGUAAAACAGUUGACCUGUCUGUCAAUGUUCAUACUAUCCACAUCUGCUUCCACCAGAACAUUCCACUCUGUUAAUUUAAAACAGUCCCUUAGAGCUUCACUAGCAUGAGGUGUCCAUCUUCUGAUUUAAACUUUAGUUGCAGUCUGCCUCAGUACACAAGGUCUGUAACAGGUCUGCAGAUUGACGGAGUUAUGAUCUGACUUGCCCAGUGGUGGUAAGGCAGUGGCUCUGUAGGCUUCUUUGACGUUGGCAUACAGCAGAUCCAGGGUUUUAUUGAAGUCUCCUGAUAUUAUUAUUAGUGCCUCUGGGUGUUGAGUUUGUAGCGUUGCAACACUAUUAUGCAAAAGAUCGCGUGGAAUUUCUGGAGUUGAUUUGGGUGGGAUGCUAACAACUAUUGUUAUGAUAUGACUGAAUUCUCUUGGAACAUAAUAUAGCCGAAGAGCAACUGCCAACAGUUCAAUAUCUGGAUAACACAACUUCUCCUUGACAGUUAUGUGUGAAUGGUUACACUAUCUCUGGUUGAAAAGCCAGACCUCCGUCUUUCUUCUUGCCACUAGCUUGAGCAUCUCUGUCUGACCUUAUAAGAGUGAAGCCAGGUAGAUCCACACUGGAGUCUGAGUCGUUUUGAUUCAACCAGGUUUCUGUAAAACACAGGAGACUGCACUCACGGUAUGCUUUCUCAGUCUUCACCAAUAUCUCCAGCUCAUUGUUUUUGUUGGGCAGAGAGUUGACAUUUCCCAUGAUGAUUGAUGGAAGAAAAGGUUUAUAUCGCCCCCUCCUAGCAUUCAGCUUUGCCUUCACCUUUGCACCAGCACAGCAACCAUGAUAACACCUCCUGAUGUUUUCUUGAAUUGUAUGUUGUUGUCCAGAUUUGCUUUGGCUCAAUGAAAAGAGCUCUUUUCUUAAGUAAACUCUUCUCCCAGCAGAAGUAUCCAUCAGCAGCCAACAACAACAAAAAAAAAACAAAAGUAUGAAAGAAAUCUUGUAAAAAUUACAAAAAAUACAUGUAAUACAGAGACCAGACUUGCAGCAACCUUUUGGUUCAAGCGCAUCAUUUGAAUGAGAUAUGCGAAUACAACAUAUCAAAAAGCUGAAAUAGUUUUGCCUCUGAAAAGUUAAAAAAAAACAUCUUUAAAAUAGGAUGAAGGGAAAAGAAUGACUCAGCAGUUUACUCAGCCCACAACCAUCUCCAAAAAGUCUAAGAAGGGCUGCAGGCAGUUCUAAACACAGUAAACAUAUGUAAAAAGUGAAGCAGUUGUCAAGUGCAAAGAAAACUGCAGUUCUAUGAAUGUCCACUUGAGGCUGAAUAAAAAUCCUUCUCUUAAAUACAUGUCUUAGCUGCAGGAAUCAGCAUGUUUGUUUUUAUCCAAAAGCACCCCCUGGUCUUGAGAAAUGAAACCAAUGUGGAAGUGAAUAAAAAUACACGCGUUCUUUGGGUGUCCACUCAAAGACUCGGCAGAGGUAAACACAAAGCUCAUUUCUUCAUGUGUACACUGUGCAGGGGGAUGAAUUUUUUCAUGACUCAUUAGUUUGACGAUAGAUCAAGGCUGUUGGUGAGGUGGAGUCUGAAUUUCCAAUGUGGGGAUAGCCAAAGGUUGGUAAUGAGAGGACAUUUAUGUUUUAAACAGUCAGUGAUCUUGUAGCUUGGUACACAGAAGCAAAAAAACCCUUCGGUCUUGAGAGCUAGUUUCUUUGUUUAUGACAGUUGCUGUCAAUAGAGUGGAUAGAGUGGUCACUGUAUAUCUGUCCAUUGUUAGAUAUAAAACCAUCAGACUGUCUCUGUAGGUCCUGACAUAUUUGUUCUAGUGCAGCCAUGGCAUGUGUAGAAGUGCCCUAGCCGGUAGCCUCCUGGGAUUUUCAUCACACCCGUGACACUCACCAAAACAUGCAGUGAACUUACUGAAUAUUACAGAGUAGGUCCCUCAAAUGAGUACAUUCCACAGCAGGAUAAAUUCCUAUGUUGCUGUAAAGGAAACAGUCAUGGCUAUGGAAACUUAAACGUCUCCUGUGUUUUCUCACGCCACAGUUCCUCUACUCUGCUAAUCGGGUAAAAAAUGCCCUGCAGGAACUUGCAUUGGUCAACAGUGUGGUCAGCCAAUCAUUUUAUUUUUUUGGAUUAAAUAACCUAGACUAAAAUCUUAAUGAUGAGAACUAAGUUUGACAAAAACCAUGAUUGGAAAAAAUGAUUUGACAUGUAAUUUGAUUUCCUAGUUUGACCCUGGUAACAUCUGUUCACAAGAUACUGGCGGGGUUUAUGACUAAUAGUGCUGCCACUCAGUAGGAGUGCCAAAUCUUUUUGCUUCACAGUCAUUGAGCAUUAAUAGUGUCUGUUUAAAUAUUGAGUCUAUAAUUUGUGACAACUGUACAGUGAUUGAUUUCAUACAACUCACCUAUUUAAUUCAAUGAAGCCAUACAGUAAGGAGGCACGGUGCUUUGAUUGAUGUGUGGAUACUGCUGGCUGUUUACUCGACAAAAAAAUAGCCAAUAACUUCUUGGCCUUGUGUUUGGUGUGAUUCUUUUCUAGAUCACAACAGACUACAGGGACAAGAAAUUUAGAUAAUUCAAGUCUCCCUUUAUUUAUUGCUUACCCACCAAUGUGAUAAGAAAUAGGGCUGGCAAGUCACAUAAAUCACUUGAAAUGUCAAAGAGAUAUAAGAAUUGUGCUGUUUCACAUGUUGACCUGUUUGUUGUGGUGCUACACUCAAAUUGAGGAAUAGUUUGCAGUUGCAUACCACAGAGGGGUAAAUAGUCUUUAAUUCAGUUCAGCAGUUCAGUUCAUUUAUAUUUGCUUAAGGGCUGCACAAACAUGCAUAACCAUGCAGAUUCAGUGUUUCUCAUCAUCAGUAGUGCUGAUGAAGAUGUUGGGGGAGGUGUUCUUCCCUUUUGUAUUGAUAGAUUAUUGAAUAUUUGAGGUCUGGCCACCAGGGCUUGGCCUACCCACAACCCCAUGGGGACUGUUUCAGCUACUCUGCCCUGAUCAAUCAGUUGUUAAGAUUUGAAGGCUCUGUCACAUCAGCGUUGUUGUUAUACUGACGGUUUUUAUUGCUUCUCCAGUUUACAAUGUUAUAUGGAGCAGAGAAGACUCUGAAGUAGGGAUGUUCCCAGCGGUUUCACUGACGGUUAAACGACCAUUUUGAAACCGAAUAUUCGAAUACACGAAAAUUAAUUAACUCCCAGAAAAUAGCCCAAAUUGAGCACAUGUCGAUCUAUAUGGCCAGAUAUCAUCUGAAAUAAAUAUUAAGAGUACAUGAAAGCCAUACUUAUAAUAUUAAAAUAUGUUACAGAAUCUUAUUUUAGCGCUGGAGAAUGACAUAAAGUAUGUGAAAGAUUAAAGCAAUCACGCUGCGCUCAAGCCAAGCAGCCUGCUGCGUCAUCGGCCUGCCUCACACCAUAAGCACAAGCGCUGUGAGCCCAGAGCAGCGAGCCAGGCAGAAAGAGUUGCACGCAAAUGAUCCACACAUUUUAUCUUGUUGAAUGCACACUUUUAUUAAGACAUGACGGUAAAAACAUAUUUUAAAAAAAUAGCAUUUUUUCGCUUUUUUUCCCCCUUUCUUUUUUAAUUUUAUUUUACAGAAUAAACAAACAUUAUUUACUAACCGGAUAGUAAGGACAGCCCCGUUUACACGAAUAUUCGAAUAACCGUGCACAUCCCUACUCUAAAGACCCUAAAAUCAAAUAAUUAAUAUGUAGCCCGAAGUGGAAAGGGAUAUAUUCUGUACUGCAGCUUGAAUAAAUAAUGACGUCAUCUUACAUAAUUAGAUUGUAAAAUGACAUGAGCUUGGAUUAAUGAAGUAAAUAACCUCAUUCUCCUCCUUGCCAAGUAAAAGAAGCUAUGUACAUUAGAACAGAAAAAAAAGGGCCUUAGGCGAGACAAUCUUAAAAGAGAUGACAUCUAUCCUGAACAGCUCGCUGUUUCAGGUAGAGGACCAUUUAAAGGGCUGUGUGAAGUAGAGCUGAACGAUUUUGGAAAGUAAUCUAAUUGCAAUUUUUUUCUCAAUAUUGCAAUUGCGAUUUAAUAUGCAAUUAUUUUUUUAACAAACACAAACAAUAAAUCAAUCUGUAUUAUAGUAAAUAAUACCAGAUUAAUCGUAAAAAAAAGUUCUUUCUGGCAAUUAUUAUUUCACACAUACACACACACACACACACACACACAAACACACACACACACUGGCUCUCUCUGCUCACACACAUUUGUGCACACACAUGCAGGCGCCAUCAUAUACGUCAUAAAACUAAUCUACGUACCGAUGGCGAUACAUCACCAUAAUGGAUGAUUUCGUGGUUUAAGGUUGAAGCGCUUGUCACUGGUGUUUUAGUCAUCCAACUAUUGUACAUGGCUUUGUUGCAUUUUUUAAGCGUUGAUAAAAGUUUGUAGUGUUACCUCCUGAGGUAGCAACAGUAGCACGACAGGUUCCGCACACGUUGCACAGCAGCAUCUUUUUUAGCCAAAAUAAAUUCACACAACUGCUGUGCUGCUCCUCUUUGGUACUAAACUUUCUGCAGUGUCAACUUCUGUAGUGGAAUUAGGCCAUAGUGCGACAGAGUGCAGUGUUGACGUCUCUCUCUACCUGCUCUUCUUCGCUCUCCCCGCGCUCAAGUCACGUGACCACUCAAAAUUGCAGCCUUUGCGGUUAGAAAAUCGCAAUUUAUCGUAUCUUGAUGUAAUCACGAAUGCAAUUAAUCAUUCAGCUCUAAUGUGAAGGGCCACAAUAGGAUAAUGAAGGCUAUUCUUUUAAGGUCCCAUAUUAUACUCCUUUUCAGCAGGUUCACAUAGGUUUCAGAGGUCCCAGAACAGUCCAUUUGAAGUUUGUUGUCUAAAAACCCAGUUUUUUCCUGGACUUCAGCCAGCCUGAAAACUCUCUCUAGUGAGCUCUACCCAGGACACACUGUUUGCCGUGCCUGUCCACGCCUCCUUCAGUGCAAGCCACGCCCCUCCCGAUCUCUCUUGAAGAGGGGGUCGUGGCUUGUGCUAGGUACGUGGUUUGUGUGUUGUUACACAAUGACUUACAUGUUGCUAGGUAACAUUAUCUCCUGCUAACGGUUACAUCUCCAAUGUCUUCUCCUUUCUUGGAGCUCUUUUGGUGAAUGCGCAAUAUUCUAGGUAUAGUGAUCUCUCGUGACAAUGUUUUUGUAGUCUGUAGUGCUGCUUCAUGCAGCCAUCAACAGAGCAACUGUCGUGCCUUGCUCGUACCUUCGCCAUUUCGAACCAGAAUUUGCGAGGUAGAAAAAAAGUGCCUGAGUGGAAAUUUUAGGGGGGCAGAACAAAAAUCUUGGGCAGGGUCACCAACCUGGAGGGGAAGAGUUAUUGCAGUCCAUGACGUCAUGGAAGGCGAUAGUGUCAAUCCGCCCCUUUGAGCAGACAUUUUCUGAAAGGUUUAAGAAGCAAGAGAGGGAGAGGAUAGAAUUUUCUCAUUUUGGGGGCGUUUGUAGACAGGCUUUAUGGGGAUGCAGAUUAUUGUUAGGAAACCAUUCUAAAGUGGAUUUAGCACAAUAUGGGACCUUUAAACUAGAGAGCAUGAUGGAUCCUCUUUGAGGUACAUGCUUCCAUGUAGGUGCUUCUAAAGUGAAGACUGAUUGGUUGAAUCUUCAUCAAAAAUAUUGAGCUUCAUAUAGCUGUUUGUUCAAGUCAGUGCAGCUCCUCAGUGCGACACAAAGCUGAAAAUAACCUCUCUUAGCUGCGUUGCGUCAUCAACCUCUGUGGACUUGCUCACUCACCCAUCUUCUAUGCUCUUUUCUUUGAGCUCAAUGAUUUAUGAUUUUAUCUCUCAUGUGGUACCUAGUUAUUGUGUAAACCAGAUACACAGGUUUCUAGUUUAUCCAAUUGCUGUUUCCAAAGUGACUUUUUCUUGUAAAACUGUUUUGGCAGAAAACAGACAUUUUUUCAUUUAGCCAUUUCUCGUUCGAACUAUUUCUGUUAUUUUGUUCCAUUUUAUAACUUAUAAAACACCAAAAUGUUCUUUUUGUUGUUCCUUUAAUAGCAAAGAAGCAAAGAAUCAGACAGUUGAUAUCAGAAGUGCAGAAUGUGUCUGAGUUAUUAUAGAAAUAAUAUAUAUUAUAGAAAGCCUCUGGGAUAAAAAAAAAAAAAAUGGUGAAUAAUGGGGUGAGCUACCCAUCACCAGAUUUUCUGGUGACAAUAGCCUCCUCCUCCCUACAUUGUUGGACGUUUGGCUCUGUAUGGUGUUUUUACCUUAAGCUAUAUGAGAUGACCCUAUCAAAGAUUCCCUUGGUAUUCAUCCCUCUCUUUAUUUCUUCCUCUCUGUUGCUCUUUUUUUUCACAUCCAUUUUUCAUCAGCUCUGGUCCUGAUGCAGCACUAACAGCCCCAGAGUGGUAGGUGUAGGUGUGUGCGUGCGUGCGCGCGCAUAUGUGCGUGUGUGUUGGACUAUACUGCUGGUGGGAGUAGGAGCAUUUGAAGGACAAAUGGUGAAUCAUAGCUUUGGUGCAGCUGCUGUCUUAGUUAGCAUACUCAUGCAGGACGGGGCAGCCUCUGUAAUCUUUGCAGCUGGGAUGUCUUAGAUUUACUGUAUUGACCAAACACAGCAGCCAUAUAUCAUAGUUCCUGUCCCAUAACAGUAAAACACACCGACCUGAAACACAGAGCAAAGGAUAAAAGUAUUUAUGUGGGCACUGGGAGCUCAAGUAAAAUUUACAGGUAUUCCAUUUAUUUAUUUUUUUUUGUUUUAAUCAUCUUCUCUAUCACAUAUAAGGAAAAAAAUAGUUUACUCUUUGCUGGAUUUGGCUGCUUAACUGCAGUUAAAUUACGUCACUUUUUUAUAAACAGUUUAUCAUAGUCUACAUUACACUUAACAGUAUCAACAACUAGCAAAAAAUACAACCAGAUACAACUGUGUAAUGCUGCUUAUAUGUAAAUUUGUCUAGUCAACCAACAUUUUUAAUUCAAAACUAAUGGGGUUAUUAGUAGAUGGUAUGACUACCCAGCAUCACUUUCAUUUCUUUAGGGGUAUAAUGCAUAUAAUUUUGAGUGUAAGAUUUUCACCUGGAGUUAAUAUGUUUUGUUUUAUGAACUUUUUCUACAAGUUCUCAACACUCCUAACAAAAAGUGACAGAGGUCAAAAAUGAGAAAAAGACUGCGCUCUGAAAAACUGUGUAUGUUGUGCAUAUUCUGAGGCAAUAAUUGCAAUCUCUUGUUUCGAAAAAUGAAACCAGUGGGGGAGAUGCAAAAAGUUGCACUUCAUUGACUGUCCACUUGAGGCUGGCUACAUACGCUGGAGACAUCAAUUGUUGACCAUGUAAGAAUGCUUCUUUUAAGAGCAGAAACAUUCUCUGAAUAGUAGGCAUGUCACGGCUGAGGAAUGCCGGUGAAUUGCGGUGAGUCAGGACAGCUCAAUAUUGGGGUUUGCGAUAUUUUUGCACCAUUUUUUUUUUUUUAUCUAGCAAAUUCAUUUGUUGAUUACUAAAUUACUAAACUCAUUGCAAUAUUUCCUCUGAAAAGGUUAUAAAAAAGACAUGGCAAUUUUAUAAGACUUUAUUUUUCUGAUUGCAGAUUGGCGCAUUUGAAGUGUGCGUGAACCCGGCGCAAACGGUGUCCCAUUUGGCACGAAAUGCUAAGCGUGCUUCAAAUUCGGUCUCAAAACCACACUACCCCCGCCCCUUUUUCAAGCGUGCAUUUAUGCACACUUUGGUGGCCUUGGUAUCCCAGAAUUCUUUGCGUGCCACUGCACAGCUGCGCAUUUCGGGUGGGAGGCUGGACUCGCUUGGAGGCGCAGCGCGUCUUCAAGCGAAAAUAAAAGAAAUCCAAAAACAGCAGACAGUCAGCCCAGGCCGUAUGAGCGCAUGAUCUCUGAAAUCUCACUAAAAUCUGUAAAUCAGACAUUAUACUCUUUAGAGACGAAUUGAUCCACUCUGCUACCACAAUCUAAAACAUUAGAAAUAAGAAAGCUGACAAAACUACAGCAGAGUAUCAUUGACACAUUGAGUUUUUUUUUUUUUUAAGACUUAGAGAUUAAAGUUGUAAACUUGAAAGAAUAAAGUCAUAAAGUAAAUAAAGUCAUAAAACUGCUUUUGUGGAGGGGGAAAUGACUGAAGCUGGUCAUCUGCAGGGUUAUCUGUGGAUGUAUCAGCGGGUCAUUCAGAGAGUUUCUGUGGUUUCUGAAGAAACAAUCAAACUGAUGAUGAUCAACAUUUGUGAUCCAGAGGGAGUCGAGCUCAGAUGAGCACCACGUCUCUGACACUGGCGGUAGCCUACACCUGCAGAGAUACCAACACCUUAUUAUGGCAUAUGGAUUCAUAUCAUAAACUAAAGCUCAAUGUCAUUCACGGAUAUUUACGGCUGCAUAAACGGAUAUAUCCUCAGCAUAUCCAUUUCUGCCUCCACAAAAGCAGCGAUUUCCUUCAAGUACACCUGUUUUUUUCCCUGUGGAAAAGAUGUAUUUCUCAUAUGUUCUUUUUGAAGUCUUUAUACUUGUGACAAUGUAAUGCUGAUGUGCCAAAGGAUAAAGUAUCUACUUGUUUGUGAAACCUAUACUGAAGCACAGUUCCUUUAAGUGCUUCAUGGCCCUAAGUUUUAACAACUCUCCUUUGAAAUAACAGGUAACCUUACGACUUAAUUCUCAUAAAUUAAUGACUUUAUUCUCAUAAAUUCAUGACUUAAAUCUCGAAGUCUUUAAAAAAAAUUCUCUAUAUGGCCCAUGUUUUGCAUACAAAACAUGCAAUCAUUGGAUGAAUUUUGUGGAAAUGAUCUGUGCUUGUAUGUAUCUGUUGUUUUGUGUCUGUGGAAGGUUGCACAAUUAAAAAAAUAAAUGCUGCGCUCCACAGCUUUACUUCAAGUCAGUUGUGACGCGAGCCUGAGGGCGGGGACAUUUAGGAACUCAACCAGUAAGUCCUCCGAAGGGUAGUGUGUCCCAUUUCACAAAAACCGGACAAUCUCACCCAGGGUACUCAAGUCCACAUAACGGCAGUGCGCUCAGCUAAGUGCGCUUAAUCGCGCUUAGCCUGAUGCAGUCUCUGAAAUGAGACACAGCCUCAGUGCCAGAUUGUUCUUUGCCAUGCGAGACUUUCCAGCGUUCUUCUGUCUGUCUUCCUGGUGCCGACCCUGCCUGUCUACGACCUGCCUGCUUCGUCUGCCUCCUGGUAAAUUACCUCAGCCUUUUGUUCCUGACUACGAGCUCUGCCUGCCCCCCUUUGGAUUGUCUGCCUGGUCUGCUUACCUCCCGGUUUCUGAACUUCUGCCUGCCCAGCCACUGAACUGUCUGUGUGCCAGAUUCCUGAUAAUAAAUCUGUUGACUGAACAUCGAUUCUGUGCCUUGUUUGUACUGCAUUUGGGUUCAUACAAUACCCGUUACACUUCAACACUUCAAGCAUUUUAUGGAAAUACACAAAAGGGGGGGGGGGGGGGGUCAUUGUCCACGGCCAUAGAAUAUAGAAUAUGACCAGCAUUAGGUUUGCAUGCAAAUACUUCUUCCAAAUUCCGCAAGCUUUUACUCAGCUGUGUUAUACACUUACUACUGAUUGGUAUAUAUACUGCAAACAGGUACAUGCAUGCAAUCCUUGUGCAGUAGCAUCACUGCAAUAUUAUAAAUUCUGUGAAUUUGUUUAUUUUUUGCUGCAAUUUUUCCCAUGUCAUUGCUGAUUGCUUGUCUGUCUUUUUUAAACUUGUUUUCAAGAUUGUUUUCUAGACAUAUCUAUUGUAAUACUAUAACACACCUGCAGAGAAGCCUCUCCAAUUUUGUUGUGUAUAAACCAUAAUGACAAUAAAGGCUAUUCUAUUCUAUUCUAUGCUACACUGUUACUCAAUAUUUACCAACAGUAUCUGUGAAAUAUUUAUUGUAAAUGGACUACCUUUGUUGUUUCUGCAGCCUCUAUGCUUCAUAAUGAAGGUAUGAUUGUUGCCUUGUGGUUCUAAAAACUUCAUAACAUAGUUAUUACUGAUGAAAUAUAAAACUGAAUGGAGCUGAUGCAUGACACAAGUUUGUUUUUAAAAACAAAGGAACUUUUAUGCUGCCAGCUGCUUCACAUAUGGAGAAACAUUUACAUUUUGUGACUAACGAGAGAUGGGAGCUGUCAAGAAAUGCAUAUCAUCUCACUUACUGAAACAACAGAACUCUUCCUGAAACUGUCAUGCCCAGAAAAAAUAGUGCUCUUAUUGCAAACCAAGUACUGUACUGUUUACUGUACGCUGCAUUUGCUCUGUGGAAGUGGUAUCUUAUGAUUUGGUCUUAGGAUAAUUAGAAACAUGCACAGUGAAUCAGGUGGUCAUUGCUUUCUUAUUUAAAGCAAACAAAUGUGUCGUUUUGAAGUGCAAACAACUGCUGGCUGAAAACUGCAUACCAAAUAGCCUCUUCAGCGUGACAGUACAAUUUUUAUCUGAUGGGCCGCAUAACAUGGACAUAAACAGAUUAAAAAUACUGUGCAUGUAGAAUAUGGUUACACCUUGAAGACACACUGUAAACCAUAUCAUUUGUAGGUGACUGAGUUGCAUUUUGAAUAAAAAGACUGUCUAUUUGUGAUGUAGACAUCUUUCAUCAAACCAUAAAGUUUGACAAAACUUUAUUGUUUAAGUAACAGGAAAAAAAAAACAACUUUUGAAAUCUUACUCAAGCAACCAGUGACUCUAAAGUGAACAGCAUCUGCACUAAUCCUACUAUAAACCUACUGUAUAUCUAAAAGUGCUUAUGAAGGAUUAUUCCAUCAACCACAUUUGCGUUUUCUCACAUUAAUUUGCUUUUCAUGUGUUUAACUGCUGUCUAAGCAUUUCAAAAUCAGUAAGUUCACCAUCUGUAUUGGCCAAAACACCCCUGUUAGAUCAUGGGCUUUUAUCAGACUGCCAGGACACGUGCUUGUUUGUGAUGAAGUAGUUCACAUUUUUGAAACUAGAUAAUUGCAUCAGUAGGCUAAGUAUCAUACUGUUCCUGCUCUGUUUGCAGGUGAUUGAAAGUAAUGAGACCAGAACAGAAGAGGCUCUUGUAACCUGGCAAGGACACGGAUUCCUGAUUAAAGCUGAUUUUUUUCACAUCUUCACUAAUCAGGUUAAAAUCAAAUGGCACCAAAAGGAAAACAAAGUUAGUUGGAGGAUUUAGGAGGCUGAUGUCUGAAAUUCUGCAUUGCUAAACAACAGUAGUUGAUUCUUAGACAUUUAGCCUCAGUACUCACAUUCUGAAAAAAAGCAGCUGUUUGCUGUCAUAAGAUUAUAACAUGUUGAGUUUUGUUGAACUUGUUUGAGUUCUUCUUUUUUUUUUACUGGGAUGUAAUUUAACGCUCCUGUGAGGAGUGUUUAGCCAAUCUUAAAAACAGGAAAUGUCCCUGAUGUCUCCAUGUCAGCUACUGAACCAAACACGGCAAUUGGCUAUAAAAUAGGGGUGUAAAUCACCAUUUUAAUCACGAUACCAUACAACAUUGAUUCUCAGAACAGCGAUUCGAUAUUUGCCAGUAUCAAAAUGUCUGCCACGAUUGGAUUUCAAAUCAUGUUGAUUGAGAGGCCUUCAAUCGAUAUCAGGUGAUAUUGUGAAUCAUUUUAGCACAUUGUAUUACUUUUCAAUAAAGGAAAAACAACACAAUAGUGAUAUGUCUUGAGAAUUUUAUUGCCAAAAGGCAUUUACAUAAAAAACGUUCUUCAGCAAAGUGAGUAAAUGCUUGUGUUUUACUUUAAAGUGCUACAGUUUUCAGUUUUAAAUGCACAGUAUUUUUAAUAUUUUUUAAUAUAUUAAUAUUUUAAUUUGUUAUGUUUCCUACAUACUUCAUCUUGUCACAGCAUUGUUUGCAUAUUGCAUGUGCUCUGUCUUUUGAUCAGUCUUUUCUCAGGAAUCAGAAAUGCCUCCAUACUGCUGAUUUAUUGCCGAGAGGCGAGUGAAUAUCUUCAUGAUAUGAAGAUAUUCACUAAAGUAAUUUUAGGCCAUAAUCUGAAAAGAAAGUCUUGUUAAGGUGUCUGGCUAAGAAAAACCAUGUUUAUAGUGUCUGUAUGCAUUUCAGACACCCCCUCUCACUAGUCAUCUUCCUUCCUCACGUAUGACUCUGGAGCUUAGAUGCUUAUCUGGGCUUGGAGAUAUUUAGAGAUUCAUGGAAUUAAGUGUGGGGUGCCCCAAGGGUCAAUUUUAGGUCCAACACUUUUUAAUUUGUAUAUGCUUCCCCUUGGGGACGUCAUCAGGAGACACGGCAUCAGCUUCCAUAGUUACGCUGACGAUACACAAUUGUACAUCGCAUUUUAGAUAUCAAGUCAUGGAUGGCAGAAAAUUUCCUACAGCUCAGCCAGGACAAAACUGAAGUUUUAAUUAUUGGUCCUGAAGGCAAGAGAGAGAAACUUUUACCAAAACUACAAGAUUUUAAACCUGCUCAAUCUGUCAAGAAUCUGGGCGUAAUUUUUGACUCUGAGCUGAAUUUUAUUCCACAUAUCAAGAACAUAACAAAGAUAGGUUUUUACCAUCUUAAGAAUAUAGCCAGAGUCCGCCCGUUUCUCUCCCAGGCCAACACGGAGGUGCUGAUGCAUGCUUUUAUUUCUAGUCGUUUAGAUUAUUGUAAUGCCCUGCUCUCUGGUCUUCCCAAAAAGACUAUUCGCAUUCUACAACUGCUACAGAAUUCUGCAGCACGUGUGCUGACGAGGACCAGAGGGCGGGAGCACAUUACACCGGUUUUAGAAUCAGUGCAUUGGCUCCCCGUGUGUUUCAGGAUCGAUUUCAAGGUUCUUUUAGUAGUUUUUAAGUGUCUUAAUGGUCUUGGCCCAUCUUAUUUAUCUGAACUGCUUUUAUCUUAUCAACCCUCGCGUACCCUGAGGUCCUCUGGCGCCGGCCUUUUAGUUGUUCCUAGGACAAAAAACAAAACUUACGGAGAGGCUGCCUUCAGCCAUUAUGGCCCAAAGUUAUGGAACAGCCUGCCAGAGAACAUCAGGACCGCAGAGACCGUUGAUGUUUUUAAAAGGAGGCUCAAGACCCACCUUUUUAGUUUAGCUUUUAGCUGAUUUAACUGUUUUAGUUUAUUUUAUCCUUUACUUUUAUCAAAUUUCUAUGUCAUUUAGAUAUUUUAGGGUCGGGGGUCUCGGGGGCGGUGCUCCCUGUGGGGGUGGGCUGUGGCUCCUCUCGGUGUGGACGGCUCCCAUAGGUGGUCUUUCCUCACCAGGAUCCUCGAUGCCUUGCCAUGUUUUUACUGAUAGUUAGUGUGUGUGUGUGUGUGUGUGUGUGUGUGUGUGGGGGGGGGGGGGGGGGGGGCUGGACGGGUUUUAUACUUAUUUCAUUGCAUUAUAUUUGCCGUUGUUUGUUUUUAUCUUUUUUGUAAAGCACCUUGUGUUGCAGCUUGUAUGAAAGGUGUUAUAUAAAUAAAGUUUGAUUUGAUUUGAUUUGAUGACAGGAAGGUCAGCAAAAGGAGUGUAUUUGUUAUUACAACCCAGUUAGAGAGCCAGGCCCCUAGGGUCACAUGCUGGCCAGCGUGGCCUGAUUGUGAUCAUGUCCUGGGGGGUCUUUUCCUGCAACCAGGCUGUUGUUCUUGUUUGACUCAGUUUGCUGUUCAAGUGUGGCAGCUGCACAGAUGAAGGGACUUGAGGGAUGAAAAACAGACAAAUUGUGGGAGGUAUAAAGACUUUGGGUGAAGGGUCAGUGAUUCAUCGAGGUAGGUAUAGGAGGAAACCAGGUUUUGGUUGUUGUCCUUAAAUACUAGCUAACAGGUGUGUGUCUGCAGCUGUAGGAUCUCUCAGUUAACUUCUCAGCUUUUGGACUGUUAGAUAAGCAGGGACAGGCACAUGCCAGAGUCUUGUGUUUAACGAAAAAACAAACAAACAAACUCUGUGGUUGUUUCAUUAUUUCAGUGUCCUGAUACUCUUCUCAUGCCAAGCACAUGAAUCAGGCUGAAAUUGAAUGCAGCAGUCAUGCAAAACAAAUCAUCUGGUUCCCAAGCCUAAGAAGUAUCACACCACUCAUGUCUCAUAAAUACAAUAAAUAAUUAUAUGACCUUUUCUUUGGUCUCAUAAUCACAUGCUGAAAGCCUAACAGUAGAUUUCUAAUAUGGCUAUGUUUAUUUUUUCUCCUUGGAUAAAAAACUCUAAAAUUUCGAGAUGUUUUGCAAUAAAAGCACAGUUCAUGGUUCCCAAACCACAAAUUCAUAUGCCCUUUGUAAUUCAACUGUUCCUUUAGCGACGCUAAAGCUAUUGUAGUUGCUUGAAGUGGAUUGUCAGUAGGGCUGCAACUAACGAUUAUUUUGAUAAUCGAUUAAUCUGUCGACAAUUUUAAUAACUAAUCGAUUAAUCGGAUAAACAGGCUAAAUUCAUCAAUGCAGCUGUUAAUAGCAAUAGCAUAGGGCUUUAGUUUAUCAUAUGAGUUUAUAUGCCAUGAGGUGUUGAGGUCUCUGCAUGUGUAGGUUACUGACUUACUGUAAUCAUCGGGUCUUUCUCGUCCUUAUAAAAACCUGCUCUAUUUCGGUGAGUGUCUGUCUUCUUCUGUAGUCAAACCGCAAGAUAUCAAAAUCUACCCGGAUACAGCAAUGCUGCUUUUUGAUUGGCUGUUCAGUAGAUAUACUUUAUUUGAUUGGCUUGCGCGUGGCACGCAGCUUCUGAACUCUUGGAGAAACUCAGUUGAUUUCUACCUGUUCCAUUGUUACAGAAGUGCAACUUGGUGGACAUCACCGUGUUCAUUUAAAUGCGUGAGAAAUACAAUGUGUGGUGUGUGAGCAUGUGAACGAGUGGGAAUGCGUCUGUCAUACGCUGAAUGCGUGAGACUUGAGAGCCCUGUGCUCACGCAUCAUCGAUGUACUCCCGUGCCAUGCAAAACGGGCUUUGCAAAUGUUGCACUGAACGCCUUCCUUUUCAGUCUUGGUAAAGUUUUCCCACACCACUGAUGUUUUAGGUCGGGAUUUGGGUUGGGUUGUGUCCAUGUUUUUCUCAGCCGCUGCCUCGGCCAUGGCUGUUUCUUUUCUGUGCGUCCUGCUGAUGUUUUCACGCCGGUGUCCAUGGACAUAGAUAAAGACCCGACGAAUCGAUUACAGAAUUAGUUGGCAACGAAUUUUUUCGUCAUGACGAAUCGACUUAAUCGAUUCGUUGUUGCAGCCUUAAUUGUCAGCAUUGACAACAGUGGACUGGAUUUCCAUUGAAUUCAGUACAUACUGGAACAAGCUUUGCUCACUUGACAGAGUCUGUACAAACAUUACACAGAGAAAAGGUUCUUUGGUGCAUUGAUCCCAUUUUUGACUCAGACCCUUGACCAUUUGGUGCAAGCAAAAGCAUUUUUUUCCCAAAAUGGAUAAAAGAAAGGAGAAACUGAAAUGGUUAUAAAAAAACACAAAUACAACUGAAUUUGAAAUGAGUGAUUCUCUUUAAGUUUAAAGAGGGAGGAAGAAGGAACUCUUCGAUGCUAAUCGAGAGUAAAAGAGACCCUUAGUUAUCUGGCAGAGCAGAUUAGUAAACUGAUGCACAACCAAGGACAAAUUGCUGUCAGAAGUGGGACUUGGUGCUCCAAGAAAGUGCAAAAUGAGUGGGCUUUCUGACACCGUAACAAAACACAGAAAAAUCUACAUGUAGAUUUAACACUUUUGCUAGAAUAGUGCUUCUGAUGAAGUUACUGAAAAUUAGUUAAAUUACACAGUAAAGCUGGCCCACGCUGCACAAAUAAUUUAAAAAAGGGCUUAUUUUAAAGAUCAUGGUAGGAACCUGGACUUAAAAUAUUUGUUUUUUUGUGAUCCAGAAACUAUUUAAACAUCUUUAUAAAACCAUAAAUUGCACCAAAAUAAAUACACCAAAACACACGCUGAGGAGCUCUGUUAGUGAGUAGGGUCUAACCUGUGCUUGCAGCAGAGUUAAAGGACUGUGGAAAGAGUGAGAGUGCUCUUUGAGGGUCUUGCCAUGCUUUGAUCUUUGGUAUGUUCUGAAUGUAGGGGUCAGGGAUAAUAAAUUGGGGGCUGGCAGGGGGUGAGGAGACAUGAUGGUCACACAGGCCCCUGAAACCUAUUGUUGGACAUUGGUGAAAUAUUUAUCCUCAGUACCUCUUACAGCUUAUUUUAACCUGCUUUAUUUACCUGUGGAAUUUGACCAAUCAGGAUUCUCCAGGUGGUAAUGGAAAGUCAUAGCCAACCCUUUUACCUACAGAGCUUUGAUGAUAAAGGAGCUCAUAAUUUUCAGUUGUAAGAACAGGACAGAACCUAUGCAGGAACAUUGAAGAUAACCUUUCCAUCCUCACUCAGCUCUUCCUCUCAGAGCUUUGCAAAGACACACCUUCAUACUUUUAAGAGUGUUGUACUGAGUGUGUUACAGCUUCUAAUAUUGUUUAUCUUGUGGUUGAAGUUACUUUGUGUUGAUUGAGCUUAGAAGCCACUUACCAAUUGCAACUCUGCAACAACAGUGGGACAAAGUACGUAAGAGACUAGAUGCACUCACUAUCUAAUGUUUUUGCUUCUGUGUCAACAGGCAGUCUUGAAAUUAAAAUGUAUGAAACUGAUCAGACUCUUUUGAGCUUUAUAUGAUGGGGCAAGUGUGAUCGGUUUAUCUGUUGGUUUGCUUUUGUUUUUAAGAAUUAACCACCUUUGUUGUGGGGUUUUGCCCAAUCAGAAUCAAGUAUGCUACAAAGCCAACGCUCAACUGGUAACGCUGCUCUGCUGCUUGAUGAUACUGAUCGACCACAAUAGUAGGCUUGUGGAAGGGGGGCCUUAAAGAGAUAGCAGCUAAAACGAAGCGUUUCAGACAGACAGAGGCUGAAAUGAUAAAAUCUUAAUACACCAUAGUAAGAAAUUUGAGGCUUCUUUAAAAAAACUGAAAAUCAUGCAAAGCUACUGAAGAGACAUCAGAGAGGAAACUUAGGGCCUGAUCUACUAAGAUCCAAAAUAUUGAGCGUGUGCAAACCAUAGACUGUAUAUACUAUGGACUACUUUGUUCCAUAGUAUAAAGUGCUGUGCAGUAGCGUUGUGCGCUUUCGGCAGGAGAGUUGCCGGGAGUCACUGUGUUGACGCUCGGCUCACCCCGGGUGAGCUAGGCAUUCCCUGAACGCCGCAAGGCUGUAUCAGGUGUCAAUCAUAGAAAACAUGAACCCCCUAAUAACUUUUGAAAACUGAGCUUCACAGAAAAAGAGGACUUGAGCACAAACCAGUCUUACAAUAACUACAUGUCAACACCGCAAGCAGGGGGGAGAAAAAUUUAUAUUCUGUGUAAUAAAUUUCUGAAGUUUGUCCACAGCCCCUUAAGUUUUGCUGGUGGAGGCGGGAUUUAUGACCUAUACUGCAGCCCAUCAACAAAGGGUGCUGUUCUCAGAGUGGCUUUACCUAGCAAGGAGGCAGACGCUGUCCAUCCUAUGUACAGUCUAUGGUGCAAACUGAAAAAUUGCCUGUGCUAUUAGAGGGCGUGUUGCGAGUGAUCUAUUAUCAUUGCGUGCACAAUUGAUAGCGGGAGCAAAAGUGGUGCGGACCGCUAUCUUAAACUAGGAUUUUGCUUGCACUAUUGGCUGUCACCAUGGAGAGUUAGCGAGAGCAGAGUGUUUGAAACCAUGGAGUUGUACAUAUUGUUUUAGGGAACUGCAUAAAAGGCAAGGCAAGUUUAUUUGUACAGCACAAUUCAUACACAAGGCAACUCAAAGUGCUUUACAAAUGCAAGAAGAUAUACUAGAAAUCAAAAAAGGGAUCAAAACAAUUUAAAAUCAAUAAGACCUUUUUAUUUAUGAAAAUCGUCAUUUUCCAGAAAAACAUAAUAAAUCACAAGCUUUUGGACAAGGAUCAUGGCGUCUAUCUUGGCACUUCUGCAUCCUUCUCUCCACAAUGACUGUGCGUAAUGCUGCUCCAGUUUGCUCGUGCCUUUCAAAGACGCUAAAUGUUGACGCAAAACAGCAACCGCAAUCGGUUUCUGGGUUUGAUAAAUCAAAGUGUGGGUGCUAGAUGAUUCCAUUUGCAUCUGUUCCUCCCAGAAUUUUGCGCUCUCUUGAUGAUCUACAUAUAUUCUGCAUAUUCAUGAAGACAAAAACGCUAAAUCUAUUGCGCGUGCUGUUUUGCUCAUUUGAAAGACGCAAUCUUUGGUGCACCUGGUUAGUUGAUCAGGUUUGCGUGCACUAUCAAGUUUGCACGUGUUUUUGCACACGCAAACCUUUAGUAGAUCAGGCCCUUAGGGUCUGAAAAUAAUGCAUGAUUACGGUCUUCUUGCCUGGAGCUCAAAUUCUUGCUUGCUCUCUCUCCUCAUUCUUGCUCUCUGUUUCUCAUCUCCUCUCUCUUUUCUAUCUCCACAUCUCUGCUUUCACCCCCUCUCAGUCUUUAUCUUUCCUUACUCCCCUCUGAUGACCAUCAUACUCCUUUCGUCUGCUCAGAGACUUAGUCCACACCUCAGAGGUCAGGAGUCGCCAGGCUAACUGUCACAGACAAACUACAACCCCACAGAGAGUCUUUAAGCCUGUUAUCUCUGAUUGGACUCAGCUUGUGUGUGUGGAUGUUCAUUUGGGAGUAAUCUUGUGGUUGGCAAUGGUUUUCAACACACAUCAGUUGUUUGCUAAAAAUUGCUGUACUUUUUGUCUUGUAUUUUUGCAGAGUAAAUAGGAUAAAGCAGUUAAAAUUUCCUCCUAUCUGUCCAAUGCAGUUUCCUCCUCAUUAUUUCUUCUUUUUUAUAACACAUAAACUCCUAAAUCAAAUUUACCCUCAUUUUCAGGAUGCUUUGAACUAUUUCUGCAGCCUAUAACAAAAUAAAGACAAGUCUCCUCUGUUUUGUUAUGUGAAUCUGAUUUAGCCUAUUUCAUUUGGCUUUUUAGGACAGGAGACCUGGGUUUAAGGUGUGAUUUACCAGCUGCGUCACCCUUCUCUUUUCCCUUAGCCCCCCCCCCCCCCUAAAUCCCCCCCUGCCACCUUUUGUGGAGUGAUUUAGGGGGACUGCAGGUCAACUCUCUUCUGAAGCCGCUGAGUGUUAAAGGUACAGUCAAAAAGUAAAUGAAAGCAGCAAAGAAAAGGAAUUCUGAACCAAUGAUAAAUGAAGGAUAAAAGUGAAAGCUGACAGAGUGAGAGACAGGAUCCCAGGGAAACACGUUAAAGAGAAACUCUAGUCUUUCCUCCAGAGCUGAUCUCAAAACUGUUGGUCAUUCUUUAUGUGAAUAACAAAGGGAGAUUUAUAGUUCACCAGAUGUGCACAGUUUAGAUUAGAUUAGAUUUUAUUGAUCCUUUUCCUUAUUAAUCCGUGUAACAGCAUGAUUUCUAGCAUGUAGUGUUUGGUGUUCACAAAAAUACAAACAAAAAAGACCUGUUCAAUUUCAAUGGGACUGCUUCUGGGUUAUAAAAGCUUUCCCAGUGUGUUGUAAGAAGUUUAAGCACAAGUAAUAAAAGAAAGCAAGUAUACUGCAUUCACUAAUCUGCAGUACUUAAAUACACCUUGUGGUGCAACCUGGACACAUCGUCAGUGAUGUUCCCGGGGUCAUAGGGUGUUUCGGGUCUUACAUCAGACACCCUCAUCCGGGUGACCCAGCCGGGGGUGAUCAGGCCCCGACUUGUGUCCAGGUAGCGCACUACGCCACGUGUCCCCCCUUCUUAACCAGAGCCACCGUGAAGCCUUUUCAGCAGCCUCCAGGAUGUUCUUGGUGCCCUUUGCCUGUGCAGCCCGCAAAUCCCUAAGAGUCCCAGGACCCAGUGUAGAGACUGUCCUGUGAAGCCCCUGCAGCCCACUUCAAUAGGCUCACAGCGGGCCUUCCACCCAUUCCGCUGACACUCCGCUACCAGGUCUGCGUACCUGGCCCUCUUCCUCUCGUGGGCUUCCUCUACACGAUCUUCCCAGGGUACAGUCAAUUCAAGCAGCACCACCUGCUUGCUUGCUGCGGACAUCAAGACUAUGUCUAGUCGAAGCGAUGUAACUGCGAUGGUGUCCGGGAAUCUCAACUGUCUCCCGAGGUCAACCAGAAGCUGCCAGUCUCUUGCUGUCACGAGCAGGCCCCCUUGGGUCUUUCUAGGUGGUUGUGGCGUCUCACCUGCUUGGACAAAGGUGAUUGAAGUCUUGGACGGGUGUUGCUGCUUGCUGCUGUUGAUGCCCGAGCAGUUGGUGUCUGCUACUGCCUUCAGGACCUGGUCAUGGCGCCAACGAUAACGCCCGUCUCCCAAGGCCUUUGGGCAAAACUCCUUAAAAACUAACCAAAGCUUUCAGGGUGGGCUUCAUUCUGGGAUACAAACUGCUGAAAAUUUCACUCUGAUUUUAAGGCAGAAUUUUACCCUUCAGCCCCCUAGUGGCUUUUAAACAUUGAGUAAGGAUGUUCAAAUGCAGCAGGAUGUGUUUCACAAUAUACUCUACAACCAGCAGCAGCAGGUGGGAGGGGCUGAUGAUACUUACAUGCCAAAAGUAGCAGCACAUAAAAGGAUGAGUUAAAACAUCCAAGGAUGAACUAAGAGAGGCAGAUGCCAGUGCACCUGUCUGUGGCAUUCACCUAUAGUAUUGAUGUAAAUUAUUAACCUCUUAUUGUGUACACUUGCUGGCUAUAUUGUUCUUUUUUUUAUUUUUUUUAUCAGAGCUCAUGAAUUAAUCAGUGAGAAGUCAUCUAUAUUGUCAUGCAAUGUUUAUAACUAACCAAAUAUUUCUUUUAGCUCCAGGCUCCUUUGUUCCAUCUUAAAACAAUAUUAUCCAGUGUACCUUGGAAUAAAAGCACAAUAUGUCCUUGGAUAGUCAUGCCCAGUGAUGUAAAGAAAGUGUUGAUAUAGAGGAGUAUAUUUUGAUGCAGAUAAAAAUUCAAUCUGCAGUGUAUGCAUCAUAUAUAAAAAGAAAUAGAGCAAUGAUGACUGCUUGACAACUAAUUAAUCUACUUUGUGAUCGCAGACGACAACUCUCUAAUACUUUGCGUGCACGCACUGUAAAGUGCAGUGCCCGUGUGCGUCGCAUAUACUGAUACUGAGUCUUAGGAAGAACUACUUUAAAAACUCUAUAAAAACCAUCUAAGAAAAGCUCAAACUACCUGCAGAGCUUAAUUUCAGUUUCAGUUCAGAUCAUAUGUAGGCAUAAUAGACAGUAUAACUACCACUCCAAUCGUAUUUUUUUUACUAUUAGGACAUCUGAUUUUAUAAAUUUUUUUUUUACUAUUAAUGUUAUCAGUGGUCUCUAAAUUGUGAUUAGUUUUUAGCCAAAAUUACUGUACCUGUGUCAUUUUCAAGGGCUUUUCCUCUGCAGAGCUCCAGUAGCGCUUAAGCAAUUCGCCUCUGAGUUGUGGGCGGAGACAGCGCUGCCCUGCACACUCCUCUUCACACUAGCUUGAAGCCUAACAUUGCCGGUGCAGUAGAAGUGGCAGGUAACAUGGGAGCUAUUCAGCUCUCAGAUACUAUUGUCUUUAGGGGCAUGAUGAAAGCUAAUAUCAUCAUUAGCUGUCUUAUGAGCAUUGUAAUCCACUAAUGCACACACUUGUUCCAUGAUCAUGUUCUCAGACUCUGGCCUGCACAGCGGGGCCCUGGGGGUGGAGCUUGGAGUUGUGAUGUAGGAAAUCCCGCUGUGUCCGACUCAGUUUGAGAGUCUACAUAAUAAACCUUUAAUCAUGCAAAAUCAUUCUGUUCAGAUAUAUUUUUCACAAAUCCAGCUGGUGCAUCCUCACUAAGAACCCUCACCCAUUGCUCUGAAUGAUUAUCCCCAUGACUCUUGCAAUAGUGAGAACAUAGCUGCAGUACUUUUGGUUAGACCUGUUGAGGUAACUUCGGGACAGAGGUGGUGAAAAGGUGACCAUUUGUAUGCAGUGGCCUAAAACUAGAGGACAGUGUUAGAUGUUGGGCAAUCUGUGGAACUUAAGAGAAGAGGGCAAGGAAUGUUGGGAAUGCCAGUCAUGAGUUGGACAAGGGGAGGGCGGGUUGCUGCAAGUUCGGAGGUCAGCUGGUGGCCUGCACUCUAAAAACUGAUCAGAUGUCCUGAUGGCUUUAAAAGGAGUUAAACUAUGGGACAGUCCUCCACCUUGGGAGAGAAGUUAAAUGGUGAAGCGUUUUAGGCAUGUUAAUGUUAUCAAGGUAAUGAUCCAAUAUUUAUUUACUGUAAUAUCACAGAGAAUCACUGGCCAGUUAAACCAAAUGAUAAAUAUGCUGCAACAGUCUCCAUAGUUAAAAUCCAUUUCUCUUUCUCUUUGGGGUGUUAUUUCAAUUCAAGCUAUGAGAUCAGAUCAGAAUUUGUUUUGUUUUGUCCACCUUUUUUCAAAAUUCCUGGAAAAUGGCCUCUAGUUGUUGGUGAAGGUUGAAGCUGCAAAACUUGGCACUUAUUGCAUUCCUGCAUGGAUUGAGGGGUUUGGUACUGGCACCAUGAGCAUCCUAAAGAACCAUAUUAUAUAUGAAAAUAUAGAAUUAUUUCCAUUAUACCCAGUGAGCUACAUGGUUAUAUUAGUUAUUUGUUUAUCCUAAAAUAUUAAAUUACACAACCAUUGAGCAUAAUAUUAUUCCAGCCACCUCAUUUCUUCCAGUUUUUCAGUUAAUGAAACAGGGUCGUUGUAUGUUAGAGAGCCCAUUUUAAAGCCUUAAUCAACAUCUUUACUGUCAAGUUCAGAAAACUAUUUUAGGUGCAAAGCUUAAUUUGCUCAAACACUCUUGUGCGCAAUAACUGGUCAAACUGUUUAAAAUACAACAGUUUAAGAAGCCAAAAUAAAUUAACACAGCCUGAUAACUAAUACAGUACCUCUAUAUGUAGGUGAAAACACCUUCCCCCUGUCAUUUACUAGCCUUGCAGGUUUUGUUCUGCCUUUGCAGUUACAGUAGUCCUCUCCCUCAUGACCACACCUCCCUCUCUUUAACCAGCUCUCACUUUCUUUUUCACAUCUUUUAUUCCUCCCCUCCAACCUGAGUGUCUCCUCUGUGGUGUCACUUUUCAAGGCUGUCCUGGAGGAGUUUGGGCUGUUGGGAAUGGAGCCAUAGCUGUCCAUUAGUUAGAUUAGCAGCUCUGUGGGGAGGCUCUGGUUCCAUCUUUCAUGGCCAGGAUGGACAAAGCUGUGACUUGGGUGCUAUUGUACAGCUGUCAGGUAGAGCUGGUUGCAACCUAAAACAACUUGCACUUCAGAUCCACCGAUAAGGUGUUGUGGGUAAGGCUGUGAGUUGUUGACUUUUGAACAUGCUUCUAAGUCUGUAAUGGGAAAAAUAUAUAUAAACCUUUGUGUGUGUAGCUCUCCCUCUUGCUCUUCUGUAAGCUUUAGGCUUAGCAAAUCAGCUGACUGAAAAAGGAAAGAAUAAUUUUAAUGAUGUGUUAUAAAUGUGACCUGAUGAGAAUUUACCCAUGCUUGGUAUUAAUCUUGAUGUUUUUGACUUUUUAAGUUGAAAUUUACAGCUGGCUAAUAAAGCCUAUUGAAGGAUGUGUAACAUAAUAGCAGCAAACACACCAUUUAAGGAUGUGAUAGCAGUCUGGCAGGCAGAUUCAUGAAACAUAGUCAUUUGGUGAGGAGAAUAUGAUAAUUCUAUUGUUUUUAGUUAUUUGGAGAUCAGUAUCGCAUGAUGGUAAAUGGCUGAUUUUUUUUUACUGUCAGGCUGAGUGUUAAAGGCAUGGGUGAUGAUCUGAGAAGCAGUUUAAAAAAAACUGAGCUGUUGAGGCAGAUUUGAAAAAAGCAUCCCACCCCCCACACACAAACCUCUCCCCUCUGUGCUCCACGAGAACUCCCCCCCGAACCUGUAUCACCUUCCCCAUGACACACCCCCUCUGGCAGAGCAAGAAGCCGGCUGGCAGAAGAUCCUACGCUAGCUUCAAAUAGGAUUCACCUUGUCAGAUUGUUAGUGACUAGCGGCAGUAAACACCAGCUCUGCUAGCGAGCAUCAUCUGCAGCUGCCUGGACAGCUACUGUGUUGACAUUGCAGGAGAUUCACCAAUAAGAGCUGUCAGGAAUGGAUGGUUCCCAUUGCUCAAUGUUUUCGCAGCCCUGCACCUGCUAGGGUGGACAGAUUUUUUUCCAUCCUUUUUUCUCUUAACUUUGUGGACCAUGAUCGCCAUAGAAAUGAGGUUCAUAAUAAUUACCAAUCUCUCCAAUCGUAAACCAUGCCUUUAAGAUAGGAGCAAGAGCACAGAGGCAGUUGGCUAGUUUUCUCAGUCUUAAAAUCAAAAAGUGGAAAAAUGGUGGCUGGUUCCCUCCUCCAUUAAGGUCUAUGUGCUAAGUAAGUAAAAGCAAGUAAAUUAGGCACAACAUGAAGCUCAUGUUGUGCUUGACUUCUAAACACGGUCACUGACUUCUAAACCAGGCUAAGAUGGAAACAAACAUUUUGCCACAGUGUAAGCAGACAGAGGUAAAAUGUGCUGGAACUCGCAUAAUACGCAUAGUGCUUGUUGUCCCCAGUGUCCCCCUUUUGUUGUGAGAGUUAACUUGAUUAUAACAUAGUUUUGACCAAUCAGAAUCAAGUAUUUAAUACAACAUACAGUUGAUCAAUCAGGUUAACCAUUUAACCCUGUUAGAGAAGUGAAACAUGUUUCACCAAACUUCAGCCUCCUCUGAAAUUGAAUAAAGCUGAUUGGUAACUUGUGCUUUUUUUAAAAAAACCUUUUAAUGUAAACCUCUUGACUCAAAUUGUCUGGUCUCAUUGUCUUUUUCAGCUUUUGCAGAAAAAUGGACAAAUCUCCAGUCUUAGCAGCCUAAAUGGACACUCAGAAGACAACACGCUUGCAGAAGGUGUGUGUAUAUUUAUGUCUUUGUGUGUGUGUGUGUGUGUGUGUGUGUGUGUGUGUGUGUGUGUGUGUGUGUGUGAGCCUGUAAGUGUUGUUUAUUUGCAGUGUGUAUGCUUGGCUGAUGUUUCUGUGGUUGUUGGGCUUAGUAGCAGUGGGGAUGUUUGUGUGUGUUUGUGUCUGGGAUUUUGUACUGUUUCUUCAGCAGUGACAGAAGGUAAGUCUGUCUGUGUGGGGUCAGUUUUCAGUGUGUGUGUGUGUGUGUGUGUGUGUGUGUGUGUGUGUGUGUGUGUGUGUGUGUGUGUGUGUUCACAUUUGUGCCUGCAGAUGUCAUGGAUCCACAAGAUCUACUUGAUCCUUACCUAGUUCAUUUGUCAACACAAAGGGGACACCUACACAGUCUAUUCAUGCGGAGACCACACACAUGCUCACACACACCCACAUAUCCAACAUAUCUCAUUGUUCCUUAACACAGCAGGUGUUUGUAUGUGGAUAUUAUCUCACAUACAAACACAUUUGUAGUUGCAAAUCUUCUUGCAUUAGGACAAAUUCAUGAAGAUUUUGGGCCCAGAUAACACACCCUUGAAGGAGCAGUUGUAACAUUUAAGUAAAGCAUGUUUUUGAUAGAAAUGGUUUUCUUCCUAAUCCUCCAAAUACUUUUUCAAACAUCCUUGGACAAUGCUAGAAACCUCAAAGUCAGCUGCCUCGUCUUAUUCAAUAGUGUGCUGAUCAUAUAGUAUUAUAUCAUGGAAGCAUUUAAAGAGGACUGUGGUUGCCUUUGUAAGAAUAUCACAAUCAAGACAGGGUUUUUCCUGGCUCAAAUUGAGGCAGAGGUGGCACCAUCCUGACCAUGCGCCAUGACGUGCAUGUAUUUGUAAAUUCAACCGACUCACUUUCUUUUACAGGCAACAUACUUUAAGUUAAGAGUUCAAAAAAGAGUGUGACCAUUAUCAUGUUAAAGCAUUCAUUUAUUAAAACUAUAUACAUACACAAAUCAGCUGGCAACUUUAAAUUGAAAGUACACUUCAUCCACACAUCUCGCAACCAUACAGAACAUUUCAGCCUCCUCUUUUUCAUUCUGUAGAACCUCCUCAUGCCCUCCUUGUAGUCCAAGGCCUCCUGGUCUGGUCCAUCAACGGCCACCUUACAACAGACAUCCAAGUGCCUCUCCUUCAGUCUGUUCCACAGAGGUGUCUUCACCUUAAACAAAACAAUUCAUCAUGCAUUAAGUAUUUUUGUUUUUAUUCUGAUACAGACAUGAAGAGUGAUAGUGUUUUCAAUCAUAUAUUAUAUAUAUGUAUACGCUGCAGUGUCCUCCCUAAAAAAAACGACAACCAAUUAUUUCUUAAACUGUCUAAACUAUGUUAUUUUAGUUUUUGUAACUUUAUUAGUUGAGUGUUUUUAGGUACUACCAUCUUUAAUAUAUUUCUCUUUCUCUUCUGCUGCUUUGUGAAUGGCUGUCACCUCGUCUUUUUAAUGUGUCCAGCCUGUAGUUGGUUGAUGGCUGUCUCACUAAGGAGGCAGCAAUUGCCUGCUGCGUUGGGGCACAGUGCUUUUGGCAUAAAUAGCAGUGCAUGCCUUCCUCAGUAUGCCUGAGCCAGGUAAAUUGAUUGAGCCAUUGCUUGUCAAAGCCACUGGCUCUGUGUUUUUGAGAAGAUCUGGAAAGAGGAAUAAAAACCAUGUACACGUUGGCUUUGCGUUGUUAUGCUCCUAAUUGGAAACUAAUUAAUUAAUGACCCUCGCCUCGCCGACUCGUCCUGUCCUGCAUUCUGACCCUCGCGAUCACCAGUCCCUUGAGAAGUACUUUCAGACCUGACACAAAUUUCCACGUUGUCACCACCAUGAAUUAUAGCAUUUUAACUGCCUGUUACGUUUUUUCUCUGCUGUGUUUCACCUGGACUCUUGACUUUCCUCCUCGCGAGGUCGCUUUUUAAAGUACUGGCUGAUUUUGCCUGUCAUAACUGCAACGCUAAAAACGGAGGAAAUUUUUUUUUAAUAAACACGUCAUGCUUGGAUGCAAAAAAGAGAAGCAGUAUUUACCUGUUUGUACCAUCCGCCAGGGAAAAUCAGGACGCCGAUAGCACCAACUAGCGGGAAAAAACUUGAAAAAACAUGAUUCGAUCCGUUUCUUCUUCGGUAGAUGCUUCAGGUCUUUCCGGUGCACUGCUGUUGAUAUAGCGCCUCAAUAGUGGCGCAACGCUGCAACUGCAGUUAAAAUACGUUGCUGCUGCAGAGGGACAUCAAUCGCUCAAUCAACACAGCUGGAGCUUUACGCUGUGUUGAGCGAAAUCAAUCGCUCUGGCUGGGGGCGGCACAAAAUUAGGUGGAGGCGGCCGCCACGCAAUUUUGAACGCAGGAAAAACCCUGCAAGAUCAUAAAUCGACCAUAAUUCAAAAGCAGUAAUUGAGCAAAAUUCAAUUCUGACAUUUGAUCUAACAUGUGCUUGAACCUGCCCUGUCCAUAUCUUUCACUUAUAUCUUUCAUUUAUUUUCAUAGCCGUUUCUAACAUGCCCCCCCCCCCCCUUAUAUAUUUAGGAGGACAUGACCUGGGUCCUGCACAAAGUAACCUGCGAACUUCAUAAUAUGUUAAAGCCCCGAGGGGGGAGUAACCUUACACCACUUAAAACAGGGAGUAUUGCAGUUGUAGAAAUUGUUACUCCUCUAAUAUAAGUCAAUUUGGAACGUGAAAUGAUGAAAAAAUUCAAAACAAAUUACAGAUGAUUUAGUGAUACAGGCUGUACGAUUUACAUGGCAUCAAGUGAACAAGCAGAGUACCGGCACUUUUGUCUUCAAUCCCCAAUAUUUUCUAUUCAUCCUACCAUCCAUCACCUGGCCUACUCACUCAUGGGGAAGUUUUUAAAUGGUUUCCUGCUGCCAUUUCUCCUCAUUUACCUGGGGUUUUUGUAAACUUUUCACUUGUGGCUGGUAGGAGAAAGUGCAUGUAGAGUCAGCUUAAGCAGUUUGAGUUCACAUAAACAUUUCUGGAAAUUUUCAGGUGGAAAGACUUGAUGUUAUGCACCUUCAACUUUUAAGGAACAAAUUUUUCAAAAGUAGCUGUGGCUAAAAGAAAAGUCAUACAAAUGUUUUUCUGCACUUCAUCGCAAUUGUCUCUUCAUGAAAAAAACAUAUUCUGAAUUAAAAAUAUGUAAUGAUCAAAACACUGAAGCAUCAAUUCAGAAAUGAUAGCGCAUUGUGGGAAGUUUGAAAAGGCCUACCAUUGACUCAGCAAGCUCUAAUAUUACUCUUGAAGACUGGCAUUAUUACCAGCUGUACUAAAAACAAAGUAAGGCUGCAGAGAGCAACUGCAGUUGGGUAAAAACUUCAAGGCUGCAGAUUAAAGCAGCACAGGGGAGUGAAAGGAUGGGAGAUACACAAUGGGGUAAAAAAGACAGAGAGAAGAUAGUGGAGUGAAAGGUAUGGAGGGGUUUCACAUCCCAGUACUGUGCAACAUGAUAACCACAGAAGUGCAUGGUGGGAGACAGGAAGAGGAGAGGAAUCUCUCUGAUAACAAACGAAAAACAACAGAAGGCAGGCUGCAGAUUAAAAGACUGACGCAUGAGCAAAAAGACACGUGUGCAUGGACACACAUAUACAAACACACAACCAUAAUCUCUCUCUAUCAGGUAAACCAGUGUUUACAGUUUGAGGCCACACCCCAAACACAUCAUAAAGCAGCAGGAAAAAAAACACUAGACAUACAGCAGCUCUGUCUAAAGAAAGCAUCUUUCCUAAAAAAAUAAAUAAAUAAAAUAAAAUGAAAUUAACAAUUCCUCUUUCCAGCAUUUAAUUGUAGCUCACCAACAGGAAUUAGAAGGUGUUGGUAAAACUAAUAAAUAAUAGACUCUGUUGGAGACUUUUAUCAACAUUUUAGUGUGUAAUCUUGACUGCUCAGAUUAUAGUUUGACUGAAUGAAAGCAAAGAGCAAGUAUAUACGUUGCAGCAAAAAUAUUUGACUCUGUCGUCUAUCAGGAAGUCUUUAAUUGGAUUAUCAAAAGUAUUUGUUUAAAGUGGUAACAAAGUAUGAAGAUGGUCUGGAGUUACAAUUUCUAUCCCGGUUGUUAAAACCCAACCCCCUUUCUGAAUAUAAACAUGGUGUCUGCUGGUUCACAUGAGGUGACUGUGCCUUGGGAAGGGGAUGUUGCAGUUGUAUUUUGUUUAUGAAGAAAUGCUGAACAUGGAGGACCCAGAAAAUAAGGUUAAACAAGGAGAUGGUGAAGCAUAGGGGUCUGUUGUUUUCUUGAUGUAGUAUUAGUCUUUAAAAAGAAGAAAUGUGUUGUCCCUUCUCAUACAAUGGUGGAAAGUCAUUAUUGGAGUUGCAUUUCUAUAUUUGGUUCUAGUUUGGAGGAUGGCUGUAAAAGAUAUUUCGUGGGCUAAAAAGAGGAAAGGCAGGAAAGACCAAAAAAGGAAUAAAGACAGAGGCCCUUUUUAUGUAAGUAGUUCAAGGUGCAAUAUUUACACCCCUGUAUCAUCUCAUCUUCAAUACAAAUACCACAAAGGUGCUGUAGAAGAACCAAAGUGUACCAUUACUGUGCUAGCAGUCAAAGUAGUAACACACUCAGAAAAAUAAAUCAUGGCAUAGUUUACUUUAAAGUAUUAACAUCUAUUUGAUUUUAUUUAAAUUAUGACAGUUUUCAGACUUAUUUAUUCCAAUUUCCUAAAUUAGCAUAAAUCUGUUUAUUGUGAAAACAAUUCUAUUCAAUCAAUUAAGACUUAAUAUAGUUUAAAUAUGACGAACUAUGUGAUUCAUUUUGUUAAAAUUUAUGAGACAGCAACAAAGUGGAAUUUUCAGUCAUGAAUGCAUAAAUCUGUCAUUAUUUAUUCUUAACACAUUGGGUUUAUUGGUAUUAUUUCAUAAAUCUGAUUAUUCAUUGUGUCAUUUACAUUUGACUGACACAGAUAAGGCACAUAAAGUUUAUUGACUUGUUUACGUUAAAUCUAAGUAAUUCAAAUGGAUGGACAUUUUAUAUGCAGUUUGGCCUAACUAUUUCUGUGAGUGCAGAGGCCUCAGAGAAAUGAGAUUGUAUCUAAAGUCCCAUUCCUACACACUGUACCUUUAGGUGAUGUCAGACAAACUCUAAUGCGAGCAUUCACCACCUCAGAGCUAAUAAUACUGUAAGCUAAAACUACAAGGCUAUGAAAUGGUUAAAGUUAGCUAUUCAGUGAAUAAAUGCGAUGUUGGCUGCUGUCUUUUGAAGGGUGAUCAGAUAUCUAAAUAAUUUACGAUGCAUGGUGUAAAUGUGGUUGGAAAAAAGUUAAUUCAAAGGAAAACUUAAAACAGGAACAUAAUACUUUCUGUGUUUGACAUCAUCUCAGUUUCCCGGUACCAAGCUUUGCAUUAGCGGACAGUUUCUUCCAAUUGAAUAUGUUUAAUAAGCCCACAGGUUAACAUAAAAGAUGCAGUUCAAGCGUAUGUUAGUAAAAAGAGGAAUAUGUUUGAUGCUGUUUUAUUUCAUAAUGAAAUUGAUGCCUUUAACUAGAUCUUGCUAACCUUUCAAAGCUUAUCUUAUUGGUGAGAAUUGGCUCACAAGAUUUGUUAAGAACUCCAUAAAAACAUGUGUAUAAGCCUGCUUUUGAGUUGGGGUUUCUAGUAUCAUGGGUUGUGGGUGCAGUGCAGUAGGAGCCCAAAGACUGACAUCAUAGCUGAUGUAACCCUGUGGCCACAGUGCUGACAGUCCCCCCCAGAUGAUUUACAGGGUCCAAAAGAGGACAGAUGCAGUUUUCUGGAAGACUUCACAGAGGAAGAAUGCUGACUGUGUGAGUGUGUUCAUGUGUUCAGAUCAGUUUGUGUCUAUUCGUUUGAGGGCUGGACAUGUUUCAUUGGUCAAGUGCUGCUUGUUAUUUAUUCCCUCUUAUGCAAGGGACAAGGUGGGUGUGGGUCACCUAGAUUAAAUCAAGUCAUUUUGGCUUAUUAAAGUAUAUCUGGGAAGUGGUGCAAGUUGUUCAAGUGGGGCUCCAAAGAAAUAAACAUUUCCAUUUAGACUUGUCAGUGCUUUUGCUGACCAAUCUCUGUCAAUACAGAUGCAUGGAAAUCAGACAUCUGCAUGCAAGUGCAGCCAAUAAUCAGCUUCUAGACAACAUCUCUUAACACUGAUUUCAUUCUCGCCUCUUUAGUUGCUACUGAACCGUAAACAAUGGCAACACACAUACAAGAAAGUCCAUGUUUGUCUCUUAUUGGUGAUUGCUAACUGCUGGCUGCAUCAAAAGCCCCCCAAAAGUGUCUAGUGCUCCCAUCGGCUGUAUGCCCAUCAGAUAAUACAUGUUUCACUUUUGACAGCUGCAUGAUCUGACCCUCAGAAAUCCCAUGAAUUCAUUACUUACGUCACUAAAUCUGCUUCAGUGUAUUUUGGAAAAAUAUUUCCUUUUUUUUUGUCAGGAAAAUCAUUUUCUUCUACUAUGAAGUUCAGGAAACUUAAACUGUGUGAAAAUUACCCUCAUUCUGGUGCAUAGAAAAAACGUCUAAGUCUUUUAAGGAAAGGGAAUGCAUAUAUAUCCAUAGUACUGUGGGAAAGUAGUAGAUACACAAAAUAAUUUAUGCAUCAUUUGUGGAAGACUCAAAAUGUUUUCAAUGAUUAACUACUAUAUUUCUUCUUUUGUUACAGGUGUAAGCUUUUAUGAGGUGAGCAGACAGCUGUCUCUCAGCUCUAUUAGUGUGCUUGUGCUCGUGUGUGUGUGUGUGUGUGUGUGUGUGUGUGUGUGUGUGUGUGUGUGUGUGUGUGUGUGUGUGUGUGUGUGUGUGUGUGUGUGUGUGUGUGUCCAUGAUUUCAUUCCAGGAUGGACUUACUUAGGCUUGGCCCAAGGGACGUACAUUGUCAUGUUGCCAAAAGGUUCAUCAUGCUUGGGGAAGGGACUCCUCCCUUCAUUUAAACUCUGUCUGAUCUCUGUCAACAGGGCAUUACGUUGUGUAGUCAUCAUAACCCGAAACAGACGCUGGAUUUCUUGCUCAUCCCUUUUACAUUCCAGCUGACAAUACUCAUUGCAGGUCACACUUCAUAUUAGGUUACACGUCUAGUACCAUUGUCCUUAAUUUGUAGUAAAUGAGCUUGGAUGCUGAUGUAUGUUUCCCUGCAGAUAUCAGAAUAACUUCUCCAAUAUGUGAUCCCAUAGGAAAGUGUUAGCAAGGCAGAUUUUCAGAUGAGAGUGCUUAAAAGGAUCCAUCACUGUCCAAUUAUCUUCAUCUGUACAGCAUGUUUUAUUUAGUCCUUCAUUAUAGAGUGGAUGCUUUAAGGACACACUACAGGGCAGAAUAGAGAAAGUAUAUUAGAAAGCUGCAAUCUGUCAAAUGCCAACUCUGCUUCUAGACUGGCCAGACAGGAAGCAGUUUAAUGCUCCAGCUCUGAUAUAAUGCCUAGCUCUCAGUGUCGUUGAUAACAAUAGAAACAUCAACAUAUAUUAAGCAGUUUGAAUGAAGCCUAAGAGAGCUGUGACCAAUGAUCAGUCAACUCAAAUGACAGGAAGAUGGUCAGAAAUCCAACCAUCAACUUUCCCUAACUGGAUGACUGUUUCUUUAAAGCUUGUGAAGGAGGCAUGUAGUUAGUGAAACUUCAUCUUGACAGAAAACUAGAAUUUAGUUAUAGGAAAUGGUUGUAAAGCUUUGAGGAGAUUUUUGUUGGUUUUGAAACAGACUCACAUAAACAGUUAUGCCUUGUUUUGACCUAAAAAGCAAAAAAGGACCAUCAGUAACAGCACUGGGAUUCUCAGAUUGUAAUGUUGAAUGGCUGUAGCCAUGGUGAGGGGGUAAAUGUCAGAGCAGAUGACAAAAUGUAACUGAAGAACUGCUUUUUAUUUUGUUUUUCAACAGCAAACAUUACCUAAUAACAAAUGGUGCAUAUGGUAAAUUGAGAAUGCAGAAUGUGAUUUUUUGAUUAGAAAACACACACAUGUGCAGCACAAGGUCAGUACAGACAAAAAGUAUAUUGCUUUGUUCUCAAGGGGUUUCAAAAUUGACAAAAACAGACAGUCCCUCACAGGAGCUUAAAGGUGGGGUAGGCAGGAUCUGAGGAAGUGCCAGUUUUUGGAAGGAAUCUUGAAUGUAAACACUACCCCUCCCAACUAGUUUUCCCCUCAGCUCCUCCUCUCUCCUCCCUCUCUGUUACAGCAAGCCGAGCCCACAAACGGACACUUCUGCUCACUUGUAUCAUUUCAAUUAAAUUCAGAUAUAAUGCAAAUAAAUACUUGAGAUAAUUACAAAUGAGGCCCAGUCAACGUGAAAGCAAAAAGCAUUGGUGCUACUGUAGAUGCCAACAGACUACCAGCAACCACAAUGUUUGCAGGACUUCUAUGACUAGGACAAAGUGACAUACUCCAGGACCCGAGGUAAACAACACAUAGCAGGUCCCAUUUGACAAGAAACACUUCUGUUACAGAGACUUGGCUUACUUUGUUAAGCGGUUUACCUGUCCAGCAGAAAGGUUACAGGGUCCGUAAGAUCCCGAAGCAUCCCCCAUCGACCUGGCUUCUUAGCUCUUUUGGAUGUGGCAGCCCGGUCUACCUCCUUUUAAGCGCCCAUUAUUCCGCCAGAGUGUCCAGUAUUUACUUUGUUUUCUUGCUUGUGUUGGCAGUCGUGGCCAAAGGAGGAUUCAGACAAUUUCCCAUACUUUCUGGUUGGUUUCUACUGUCCAUUUGUUUUAAUUGUGAGCCACAAUAAACACAAAGUAAAGGAAUAAAAUAAGGGAUUCGUCCUCUUGGGAUCAUGAAUGUUCUAAGCAGGUGUAGAUAUUUUUGUAAAAGUGUAACAGUAUUGAAAAUUUGAAGUUGGAAAAUUGCAGUUUUGCAAUACUGACACUUACACUUACUGUAAGGAAUUUCUGUUUGUGUUGGGCUUUGACAUACCCUGUGAAUUAAGUGAAAUCACUGACAUAUUUAUAUAUCUUGGGUGUUUUCAGACAAAUUAUAUUUUCCUGCUUUCUGUUAACAGCCAAUUGUAAAUAAAAGCUCAUUCUUUUGCAUUAAGUCAGUCAUUUUGUUGACACUUAACCCCCUCUGCAGUGGUUACAGACAUCAAAAAGUAUAUUAAAUAAUGAUUAUGUCUGCUAUAUUCAAAUUAUGUGCUUGAACCGAGAGGUUGCUGCAAGUCUGGUCUCUCUCUAUUAUUUGUAAUUUUUGCUAGAUUUUUUUUUCAUUUUUUUUGGAGUCUUUUUUGUUGGCUGCUGAUAGAUACUUCUGCUGGGCAAAGAGUUUAUUCAAGAGAAGGGCUCCUUUCACUGAAACAAAGCGAAUCUGGACAACAGCAUCCAAUGACAUCAGGAGGUGUUAUCGUGGUUGCCGGGCUGGUGCAAAGGUGUAGGCAAAGCUGAAUGCUAGGAGGUGGAGCUAUAAACCCUUUCUGCCAUCAGUCUUCAUGGGAAACGUCAACUCUCUGCCCAAGAUGGAGAUCGUGGCAUGUAUCAGAAAUGAACAAGAAGCUGAAUACAGAGAUCUUAUAAGAGCCUUCAGUGACUGGAGUCACAAAAACUGCCUCCUCCUCAACACCUCAAAGACAAAGGAGAUGGUCAUUGACUUCUGCAGAUCCAAACCCCCUCUUCAGCCAGUGAACACCUGUGGGGUGGACAUCAAGGUGGUGUCAUCAUAUAAAUACCUAGGUGUACACCUGGAUAAUAAGUUGGACUGCUCUAAGAAUAUAGACCUUAUCUACAAAAAGGGGUAGAGAUGCCUCUUUUGCUUUAGAGGACUCCAAUCAAUAGACAUCUGUAGUAAGAUGUUGCAGAUGUUUUAUUAGUCUGUGGUGUUAGUCCGGGAGCCAUGGGGGUGAACGUAGUUUCGACGGUUAAAGAUUUUUUCUCAACUGAUUCUUGCUGCUGGGGGUCCCCUCUUAAGGACUCAAGAGGGUGCCCAGUGAAAUCCAUGGAGCAUUUUUAGGGCCCGAGCGUAGCUGCUAAGCAGCUGCGAGAGCCCUAAAGAAAGAAACAAAGAAAAACCACUUGGGGAAUAAUAGGGCUCUCGCAGCUGCUUAGCAGCUACGCUCGUUUGUUAUUGACCCUUUAAUGCCCAAAACACAAAAAAUUCACCCAAAAUAAACUUCUACGGUAUUUCAUGCAAAAUACCUGAUCUAAAUGCAUAAAAUUUGCUUUCUACAGUUUGUAUCCAUGUAAAUGGAUGUGUACAGUGCAUUAGAUUUAAAUGUAUGCAUUUUUUAAAUAUUAACCCCCUCCUGCCCAGAACAACAUAAUCUUUAAACCGUGAUAUUGUACAUGCACAGAAAUCAAAUCAAAUGCAUUAGAUCUGCUUUCUACAAAGUCUAAUAGUGGAACUGGUCAUGUUUCCUUUUGGAUGAAUGCAUAGCAACCCUUUGAGGCCAACCAUCUUUUAGUCAUUAACCCUUAAAUUCCCAAAACAAAAACAAAACAAAAUACACAAAAUAGGGUUUUAUGGCAUUUUAUGCAAAAAGAUUGAUUUAGCGCAUCAAAUUUUAUUUCUAGUGUUUAUCAAUGAACGUGGAUGUGUAAAAUUUAGUUUUCUGAUCUCACAUUAAAACAUUUUAUAGAUAUUAACUCCUUCACACCCGAAGCACCAAAAUCCAUUAAAAUGUUGAUUUAUGACAUUUUAUGCACAGUAAAUCAAUUCAAAUACUUCAAAUUAGCUGUAUAAGAAAUUAGUAAUGUUAUGUGGAAGUGGUCGUAUACAGCAUAUCCCAUGUUAAGGUCCAAUGAUACCAAAGAUCCACACUUUCGUGAGACCCAAGAAUCAGAGACAGAGAGAAGAACAACAUUUAAAGGAAUUUAUGGUUGGCAUGAAGGUUUCCACUAACUGUUUCAGGCCUAUCUUGAGCAUCCUACAACAUAACAGUGACAGGACAUUGUGCAUGGCAAACCAUGUACUCUGCAACUGCAUUUUUUGGAAUUACAUGGAUUUUCAGUUUUGCAGCCACAUUUAAUCAUUUGCAGAAUGUAGUCUGGGGCAGGUUUGCAACAUUCAGGUAGAGUGGUUGGGCUCAGUGACCUGUUAGCCAUGUCUUUUUUCUAUCCAAAUUUCACUGGGUCGAAUGUUGGUGGAAGAUGCCCGUCAACAUUUCGCCACAAAGCAGCUUGAAAGUGGGCCCUCUUGACAUUCUCAAUGAACGAUUCCCUGGUAGGUGGUAGUGCAGGUAGGUUUGGAGCAGACGUAUGUCCUUUCCCAUUUUUCUUCCCCCAAACUAGAAGUCUAGUGCGUGACAUGUCAUGGCUUUUCUGUAUGCCAUAACAGGCUGAUAUGAAUGCAGUGGCUUGGUCAAUUACUUUCUGUAAUGGUGCAUCUACACUCACCGGCCACUUUAUUAGGUACACCAUGCUAGUAACGGGUUGGACCCCCUUUUGCCUUCAGAACUGCCUCAAUUCUUCGUGGCAUAGAUUCAACAAGGUGCUGGAAGCAUUCCUCAGAGAGCUUGGUCCAUAUUGACAUGAUGGCAUCACACAGUUGCCGCAGAUUUGUCGGCUGCACAUCCAUGAUGCGAAUCUCCCGUUCCACCACAUCCCAAAGAUGCUCUAUUGGAUUGAGAUCUGGUGACUGUGGAGGCCAUUUGAGUACAGUGAACUCAUUGUCAUGUUCAAGAAACCAGUCUGAGAUGAUUCCAGCUUUAUGACAUGGCGCAUUAUCCUGCUGAAAGUAGCCAUCAGAAGUUGGGUACAUUGUGGUCAUAAAGGGAUGGACAUGGUCAGCAACAAUACUCAGGUAGGCUGUGGCGUUGCAACGAUGCUCAAUUGGUACCAAGGGGCCCAAAGAGUGCCAAGAAAAUAUUCCCCACACCAUGACACCACCACCACCAGCCUGAACCGUUGAUACAAGGCAGGAUGGAUCCAUGCUUUCAUGUUGUUGACGCCAAAUUCUGACCCUACCAUCCGAAUGUCGCAGCAGAAAUCGAGACUCAUCAGACCAGGCAACGUUUUUCCAAUCUUCUAUUGUCCAAUUUCGAUGAGCUUGUGCAAAUUGUAGCCUCAGUUUCCUGUUCUUAGCUGAAAGGAGUGGCACCCGGUGUGGUCUUCUGCUGCUGUAGCCCAUCUGCCUCAAAGUUCGACGUACUGUGCGUUCAGAGAUGCUCUUCUGCCUACCUUGGUUGUAACGGGUGGUUAUUUGAGUCACUGUUGCCUUUCUAUCAGCUUGAACCAGUCUGGCCAUUCUCCUCUGACCUCUGGCAUCAACAAGGCAUUUCCGCCCACAGAACUGCCACUCACUGGAUAUUUUUUCUUUUUCGGACCAUUCUCUGUAAACCCUAGAGAUGGUUGUGCGUGAAAAUCCCAGUAGAUCAGCAGUUUCUGAAAUACUCAGACCAGCCCUUCUGGCACCAACAACCAUGCCACGUUCAAAGUCACUCAAAUCACCUUUCUUCCCCAUACUGAUGCUCGGUUUGAACUGCAGGAGAUUGUCUUGACCAUGUCUACAUGGUCAAGACACAUGUGAUUGGCUGAUUAGAAAUUAAGUGUUAACGAGCAGUUGGACAGGUGUACCUAAUAAAGUGGCCGGUGAGUGUAUGUCUCUCAUAGCCGAUAGAUCAUAGCCAGCGUUCAAGACUUUAAUGACUGUGCCUUUUCCCAACCCAUAGAAGGAUGUCACAGUCACAUCCUGAAAUGGCAUGGGCUGGUAAAAUGUUCUUGGCAAUUAGUGGAUCCUUUGCCAGUGUUGACUUUAUGUCAACUAUUGCCUUUUCCUGGCUCGGGGAUUCCAUAGUGAAAGAUACAUCCAGUCCUGACUGUUGAUAGUGGUGAAGGAGGAGGACAAACACAUCUGUGUCAUCCGAAACCACAGAGAUUUUAUGGGCUUCUCCAGCACACACAAGGACUUGUUGGGCAAUGAUUGUGUCAAGGAAUCAAUACAUUAAAUGAAAUAGUUACAAAAUGUGUGAGGUUAGAAAGAGUGAAAACACUUACCAAAUCACUGUCAUCCUAGAAAAUAACUUGUGCAUCCACACAUUAACAGUCUUAGCUCAUGAUGAGGCGAAAUAGCUGAUUCCCUGCUAGCUUAUCAGUUGAAAAAGCAGGAACAAGUUACACAUGCAGGAAUUGUGUUUUUCUUGUACACAGUUAUCAAUUGAUAAUGUAUAAAUAAAAGAGCAUAAUAAAAAUACCAUAAUUCAGGCUAAAUUAGUCAAUUCCCACCCAAAGCAAUGAAAGAAGAGAUGAAAGAAUAAAUAUGUAUUAAUUUCUACAUCUACAUAUUCCCCAGCAUGGGAAUAUGUAGAUGUAGAAUAUGUUCUGUAGAUGUUUUUGUACAGUAUGCUCAAGAUGGAGGGCCUGAAAGGGUUAAAAUGCAUUCAUUCAUUCAAAAGGAAACAUGCUUUACAUGACGAGUUCCACUAUUAGACUUUAUAGAAAGCAGAUCUAAUGCAUUUGAUUUGAUUUCUGUGCAUGUACAAUAUCACGGUUUAAAGAUUAUGUUGUUCUGGGCAGGAGGGGGUUAAUAUUUAAAAAAUGCAUACAUAUUAAAUCUAAUGCACUGUACACAUCCAUUUACAUGGAUACAAACUGUAGAAAGCAAAUUUUAUGCAUUUAGAUCAGGUAUUUUGCAUGAAAUACCGUAGAAGUCUAUUUUGGGUGAAUUUUUUGUGUUUUGGGCAUUAAAGGGUCAAUAACAAAAAAUGCUCCAUGGAUUUCACUGGGCACCCUCUUGAAUCCUUAAGAGGGGACCCCCAGCAGCAAGAAUCAGUUGAGAAAAAAACUUUCACUGACGAAACCACGUUCAGCCAAAAAUCACCCUUUGGCUCCCGGACUGUGUCUACAGUGUUCUGUUCUAUGCUGCAGUCUGCUGGGGAGGAAGCACCAAACACAAAGAUGCAAGACGUCUGAACACACUGGUAAAAAAGGCUGGCUCUGUGGUUUGAUUUAAGUUGGACUCACUGGAGGAUGUGUUGGAGAGAUGUACUCUGAGGAAAGUGGAGGCUAUUCCAAAGAACAUGGAUCACCCACUUCACAACACCUUAAUGGACCAAUUGGGCCAAUGGUGGUGGACGGGUCCUCUCUCUUCGCUGCAGGAUAGAAAGAUUCAGAAGAUCUUUUGUACCCACAGCCAUCAGAAUUUACAACUCUUCUGUAAAUAGUAGAUGACUUUUUGACACAUGACAACUGACCAUUGAAUUUCCCUUCGGGGAUAAAAUAAAGUUAUUCUUAUUGUUAUAGCUUGUAAGAAUGCAUUACUUUACAGUCUUUCUCAGUCGCUUUGAUGCAUUUCUCAGAACAGAGUGAACGUUCUUAGAGCUAUUAGUUGAACUUCUACAACAUUGAGUCAUUUGUGCACAUCAGCAGUAGCAGUUUCUCAUCCCUCUGAACAAAUUGCAAAUGCUCUCGGACAUGUAUCAGUUACUUUCAUACAAUUCUCUGCUGUUUCAUAACAUUAUCAUUUGCUUAUGUCAUGUCAGUCAAAAUGAACUAUACUUAUGAAUGCUGAAUAGUCAUUCCCUAUAAAACUUAUAGUCCUCAUUUCAUUGCUUGAGUCAUUGCAUACAAAAUUGUUGAACUAGUUCUCAAAAUCUGGACAAUUGACUAAAUUUCUUAAUCCUUUUUUUUCCUGAACAUGUCUCCUAAUUUGAACAGUUGCUCUCAGGUGAACCUCAGCUUUCACUCAUGAGGAGGUGUGUGAAGCAUUUGUUGUAACCAAUGUCAAGUCACUUGUCGACAGUCACUCAGAGCUGAAUGCCAUGAACCCUCACUUGGCAAGCAUACGUAAACAAACAGGACAUAGAGUGUACUAUUUCUACAUUUCUGUGACACAAAAAUUGAUGGUCAGUGCUGUGGAGGAGGGGUGAGAAUGUGGGGAGGAAGGGGAAGGGGACAAAACAGGGGCAGAGGAAAAAGAGGUGAAGUACAUAGGCAAAUCCCUGAUGAAAUUAGGGCUACACCUUUGGACCAUUUUGUCAAUCACAGCCUCAUUAUGGCUGAGGCUGGUCGAUGGGUGCAACCAAAUGUAGAGAGAACCACAGUGAAUGUCCAGGAAUAAUUGAUGUUCAGUUUACAGUGAUAUGUACUGUUAUAUUGUUUAUAUUUGUACACAGUUCUACCAAAAUGAUAUUUCUUGUUUGUUCUAAAUAAGUGGCUGUGAUUUUUAUUUAUUUUUUAUUUUUUGCACAAUUCUGUAGAAUUGCAAAGAGCAAAUGCCGUAAACAUGUGAAACAUACAUUCAGUUACCUCACUAUCUACGGUAAUGUGUAACUUUACUGUAGUUUUCAAAUGGCUGUACAGGUAGUGUAUAGUGCUGUCUUGAGCAUUUUCAGGUAGUGUCACCAAGGGCUGACUUUUUUGCAUUGGAAAACACAGAGAGAGUAAGUUUAAUAAUGAAAACAUGACAAAGCCAUUGGACUGUCCUGUGCAUGAACAAUGAUGUUGGGACUAAUUAUUUUGAUAACACAGACAGUGACAUGAAUACUUGCUUUUGAGGAAUCAACUAUUUAUUUUGAGCUAGUGAUGCGCUUUUGCAGGUUAUCCACUAGGUUUCACAGUUUGUACUAAUUGUUCUGAGAAAUGCACCAACUGUUGUGCAAAUGUUAAUAGUGAUGUGAGAAAUACACCAAAGCGAUUGAGAAAAAGUGUACAUUUCUGUCUGUUUCAAAACUUUGUGUCACUGCCACUAGCUCGUGCUGCUAAUGUUUUGCAAAUAGAUCCUUUUACAUUCUAGUUCAAAAAAGUUUCAACAGAGCAUUUCCAACUAUGAAUACAGAAGCAGAUGCUUGUUGGUCCAUGGUGUUAGUGGUGCUGUUAUAAAACAACUUGUCUGGAGUGCUGAAAACACAAACAUUUCACAAAGAUCACUGUAUUCCACUCAUAAUAUUUGCAAUAUCUUGCAAGAGUUGUAACUUUUAUUCUCUAUUUAAUAGAGAACCCAGCUAUACAGGUCCUUAAAUUACAGUAAUAAGGUCAAACUCACUGAAGACUCCCAUCAGGGCUCCUUAGACCCCCCAGGAUCCACUCGUCUCCACAGGCACUGCUCUCUCAUCUUUCUCGGCAUCAGGGAACCUAAUCUCCCUCCUCAACCCCUAACCUCCCCCAGGCACAUGGGGGAUCCAGAGAAAGGAGCAGGAAUGUGAUGCCCUUCCCCCUUUCUCCUGCUUUUAAAGCCCUCUUUUACAUAUUAGCAAAACUCCAUGCCCCUUAAUAAGUGAUUUCUACCCCACAAUAAAUGACAGAAUCAGCUUUUACUGGGCGCCAACAAUGUGUCUGAGGUUUUUUUUUUACUUGUCUGUAAUGCAAGAUUUAAUAUAACCCUCUUAGCACUGGAUACUCUAUACUGAAACUAUACACACACACACACACACACACACACACACAUAUAUAUAUAUAUAUAUAUAUAUAUAUAUAUAUAUAUAUAUAUAUAUAUAGAUAGAUAGAUAGAUAGAUAGAUAGAUAGAUAGAUAGAUAGAUAGAUAGAUAGAUAGAUAGAUAGAUACCACUAAGUACUAAGCCAAGUACCCCUUGUCUAACCCCUGCAGAGGUCUUUUCUAUUCAAAUCAGAAUCGCUCUUCUAUUUGGUCUAAAGCUUCUAUCUGCACUUACAUUUGAACAUUUAAACAUGCAUUUCUGUUGAUCAAAACCUACUUCAAAGGUUACAACCUUGUCCAAUCAGCAAUUUGCAAGCUGUAAUGUGCUUUUCAUUUAUGUUUUACAUACACUGUGGUUUGUAGAGGCCAUUUCAAGCUCCGGUAGAGGAUACUUUAGAUCUCUACUUCCCAGUUUUAACAACCCAGUCUGUACUACAAGGCAAGAUGAUGCAUAACAACAACUGGAAUGCCAAAUUGCUGGUGCAGAUAUGCUUGGAAUGCAAGAAUAACAGAUGUCAGAGGCAGACUAAACAUACCCUUCUGAUAGAAAUGCUGCUCUGCACUCCAAUUUAAAAGCCAUGUUUUUCCUGUGAGGGUUCAACCCAACUACCAACAAGAGCUGUUUCAGGUGGUAUGCAAGAUAACAUUUGCUUUGCGGAGCUAGCGUUUUCCUCAAAAUGCCACAAAUGUAAACAUAACUCAAUUGUUUCACAGUAAAAAUAAACUAAAUAGAGUUGCAUAAUUCUCCAGUCACAACCAUAACGUUCACCUCGUCAAACCACAUUGAUUGACUACAGUAAUGAUCUCUGUAGGAAAAGUUGGUGGUCACAUCAUGCUGAGAGCUCGAGGAAACAUGCAAAAGGAAGAGGAAGCAGUGAUGUCAAGAAAUGACUGUGUUUCCUGUCUGACAUUCUUAUCCAUCCCUUCAGCUCCACACUAACAGGAGGGAAGGGGUGAUGAUGUGGGAGGUUAAGAGGAUAGAACAGAUGGAGGGGAAAGCAAAGUAAAGUUGAAAGAGAGGGAUUAAAGAGGACUGCAGUGUGGAAUAAGCAGACACAAACGCUCAUUUCAAAGUAGGAAAAAGGGAAUUAAAGUGGAAGAAAGGAGAGGCAUGAAGUGAAAAAUUGCUCUGAUCUCAGUCAGUCUCACACACUGGAAGCCCUUGUUUCCCUUUCCUCCAAUUAUUUCAACAUCAUCCUUUGCAGUUCUUGGAAGAGUAGGAGGUAUUUUCUUCUCUGCUGUCGGAUGAUGUCAUUCAUUUCUUUACAGGCAACAAAGAGAACCUCCGCCCAAUACCCCAACCCCCAACCCUACAUCCUGCCAGACCAUUGAGGACCCCUCCUCAAACAUUCCUGAACUGAGGCACGUUUUCUGAUUUUUUUUAAAGAUAUGUAGGGUGUCGACCCUCCAAACGUGGCUCUGUUUUCGCCUGACUUAGCUGCAGCCAGAAAAAAAAGAAAUGCUGUGAUUGCAGCUUGUUUUAACUAGAAAAGCACUCAGAGAGCACAGACCUCUGCCAAGCAGCUCAUGUCCCCCCUUAUAUUGUGAUUCACAGCAAAACUUUUAGUGUUACGUGUCUUUUAUUAACUCUUAUUUAUGUUUAAACUGGUAUGUUCACCGUUCAUAACGUUCCUAAAACAAGAAAUGCCCUGACCCAGAACCUUCUGGCUGUGAGGCGACAGUGCUAACCACUACACCACUGUGCUGCCAAUCUACACCACUGUGCCGCCCAUUGGUUAUCUUUCAGCACUGAAUAUUCCAACGACACCCUUAUUUUUGUGUGUUCUGGAUCACAGUAUCCGGAAUUUUGUCUGGAUCAGGAUCAACCUUUGACACCUCAUAAAACUCAUUGAGAUCCUUUUGUGUAUUUUUUUACGAAAGACUCUGGCCAUUUUUAUAGAGUUAAAUGCAAAAAUUCCCUAAUUUGCCCUAUCUCACAAUGAUAAAGAAUCCUUCAAAAAAUUCGUGGAUCCAGAAGGUGAUCCGGAUCACCACCAAAAUUUAAUGGGAUCCUCCUGGGGCUGAGAUGCACCUCUGGUGAAAAUUUCAGGUCAAUCCGUCUGUUACUUUCUCCGUAAAGUUGCUAACAGACGAACAAACUUACAAACAAACCAACAAACAAACAAACCAACACUACCGAAAACAUAACCUCCUUGGCGGAGGUUAUUAAAGAAAGUGGUUUUUUUUCAAGAGGUAAGAUUGUAGUGACCAGUGGUUUUCAGUUUACACCUUUUCGCCAACCUUACUCACCCAGGGUUGAAAAAAAUGAUCAAAACCCACUCUUUCUGACAGUAUCAACCAUAAAUAUUUCUCUAAAUCAAAGAUUUAUCUACACAUCAGACAAUUAAUUGAAUUAGAUGUUGGAAGCAUCAGUUCAUACACACUUAAACCCCCAGCUAAAAACUCUGUGAACCCACCCCUAACAAUACUCCAGCUGUAUUAAAUCAACUUUAAUAUUUGAUUCAUUUUCAAAGAUGGGAUAGCAAAAAAAUAAUAAUAAUAAUAAUAAAAUGCUCCUUCUCUAAGAAUGUUAUUAACAACUCCCAUAAACUGUUUUGAUGUAAAAAUAAUAAUAAUGAAAAAAACACAUAUUUUGGGUUUGGUUAGUGGGCAAACAAGAAAUUUGAAAAUGUUGCACUGUGUCUUCUGAACAAUGUUCAUCUGCUAUUUGAUAAUAUCUAAUGUACUAAAUCAUGAGAAAAAAAAACAGCGGCUGAGUGCAGAAGUUAUUGCCUCAGCUUUGGACAAUCUUUGUCUAUUAUUUUGAAAAACCUGGAAAUGGUCGGUUAGCAGGGCUCAAAUUUCAUUUAAACAGGGCCCACCCCCACCCCCACCCCCACAUGUAUUUUUAAACACGUACAGCUAGGUUUAAAAAUCCACUAGCAGUGUGCUCUGUCCUUUUAAAUGAUCCAUAUGGUUUCUUAUGACAUAUUGCUUAUACUGCUCACUUUCGCCUGAAACUGUGCUGACAGUAAAAUUUCUCAGGAUGUAUGGAAGUCCAGAAAUGUGACUGAUGUGUGUGAGUCAUAUAAAGGAAGUCGGGGUUAGGGGGGGGGGGCAAUCCAGCAGAAGAACUCUCAUCAAACCCUGAUUUCACAUUGGUCUGACUCACUGUCCACUCAGUGUAAUAUACAGUGUUGUCACAGGGGUCUUUGUGUGAUAUACACUGAGCGUGAAAUACUGAACAGAUGAGUCACUGUCAUUACAGAAGGCCUUAGUGAUGUGUCAUAGUGAGAUUUUUAGCGUGUGAUCAAGUGAAUUGAUCUUUUCCAUAAACACCCAUAGGCUUACACUUUGAACUUGUGUUUAUUAAUUUUAAAUGAACAGAAUAAAAGAUAGAAACUUCUCAUAAAAAGAGCCACCAUCUAAAGCCUUAUUGUUCUACUUGAGAAACAAGUUGACCCAAUUUUCCUCUCUCUUUCUUUAUCAGUCAAAAUCCUUGAAGUUUUCCAUUUAUUGGCAUAGAUCUAAGUAUUAAUGAUUGAAUUGACUUGGGGGAAACCCACAGGAUGGUGACUGAUAUAGAGAUAUUAGACAAAGGCUUGUUUUGGAUUAGUUGUACUGAAGUUUUUCAUGGCUGUACUAUUCCUGUCUAGUUUGAUGAAGUUUUUUUUACACCUUUAGAAUGAAGUUAUAGAUUAGCAUGCUGUAUGAUAAUUGGUGUGAUGCUUGGCUGACCAUUUCCAAUCAAGGUUAAAAUAGACAGGGUGUGCUGGAAUAGUUCUAGCUUAAACUUAAUAUUGCAACUCACAGUCAAACAUGAGUACAGUUAUUUGUUAUAAUUCACAUCAAAUUGAAUAUCUCAGUUGAUAGUUGUGUUUUAUAGUAACAAGCAUUUACUAGAAAGAUAGAUAAAGCAAAAGUCACAAAUUAUUAUGCUGUUGUUAUUUUUACUGCUUCUUAUGGUAUUCAAUUCUUAAAGCAAUCAGUUGCUUAGAGAUGCUAUUAGUUAUUCUACUGCCAUUGCCUGGAUUGCAGUCCAGGAUCCAGUACAAAGAUGUUCAUGUUGUUAUACCUAUCCUUAUGGCAUGGAAAAUAAAGCUACUCUUUGGCAAAGUUUUAACCAAUUUAAUGCCAAUCUUAAUAAGUUGAAGGAAAUUCUGCCAAAAAUGCUUUUCUGCAGAAUGAUUCAAUGUAAAGGGGCUGUCAAAGGGUUUUCAUCAAUUUGAACUGAGUGUUAACCUACAGCUGAGUUGUAGGAAAGCUGGGUAAUAAAGUAAGGUAAAAAAAAAAAAGGGCUGUAUUUUGAAGGGUUCUUCUCGAUCCGGAGGUGGCCCACGGGCCAAAUCAGGCCCACCAAACAUGAAAUCUGGCCUGUGGAAUCGUUUUAAUAAUGGAUUAAAAUCUGAUAUUUUUUGCAACAACAGUUGUCAUUUGCAGAGUCCAACAAUUACGCUACAGGUACAAGCAAGGCUGUGGUCAGAGCCCGUUGCUGAAACAAAGGCAGCAUCCUCUUAAGUCAAAAAACUAAAACUGCCUCGCACUCGCUUAAUGUGAUAAUUGGCAUUUCCCCCCAGUCAUCAUUUUUUGAAUGUCUGGGGAUAUGUCACUUAAAUCUGAAGUCAGUUCUCCAAGUGGUUCCUCUCUUGGUCUUUAUCACAUUCAUAAAGGAGAAGCUUGACUUGCAUGUGUAUGCGGAAGGGAACAUUGUGAGCAUAUAAAAUACCAGUGCUUUGAUCGUGCUGUACUCAUCAGAACAUGCCACCCAAAAAGUGCGAUUACAGAUGCCGCACUUGGGAGCGCAUCACUGACCAUGGCACUUGUUUGAAAACCACUUAACUGCAUCUGAAGUGUGACCUCAGCUACAAGGUGAGCGUGUCAAACACAGGGAGCACCAGGGAUCGUAAAGAAAGGCAAUGAUAUCUUUUGGGAUCAAGUAGUCCUCAAAUCUUGACCUGAAGUUGUCCCGCUGCUUCUUUAUAAAGUCUAUCAUCAGGUCUGUCUGAAUAAUUUCAUGAACCAAAAGGUUUAUCACGGUCUUAUCUAUCCUUCAGACAGUCAAUGAUUAAUCAACACAUUUUUAUUACAAACAUUCAUCACAAAAACCUAGUGAAAUCACAUCUGGGGCGGUGUUUGUUUCUGGCAUUUCUCCAAACACGAGAUAGCACAGUCCAGUGUUCUGGCCCUACAUUUUGCAGUUCUGACAAAAUAUGGCCUGAGGCCAGGCCUAGUUGCCGACCCCUGUAGAGCUUUAUGUUGUAUUUUAAAAAAGAUAUUAGAUUUUUACACUUAAAUAAUCAGGCAAUACUUAUGGGAGGGGGAAGCACCUAAAGACACAACACAUGCUUACUACCUAUAUUUUGGUAGGUUAAAGCAGCUGGCCUGGCUAUCAAAAAAGUCAUUCUGUGUGCUUAUACGUUGCCCACAAUUAAAAGCCCACACACAGGGGUAAGGGUAGGUCUUCCAGACGGUACUUGAUUACCACUGUAAUCACCCAUUUGGGAGCCCUCUGGUUGGAAUUCACACAUUCCUGAGGGACAAUGCUGAAGUGUGACAGAUCUGAUUAUGCUGGAAUUUACCUGAGGAUUUAUCUGCAUUCCUUCUGGUCUAUCUCCCCCUCAGACAAAAGCCGAAUUAAAUGUGUCUGCAACAGAGAAAUUGAGAGGGGGCCAUUGACAUUCACAGGGAGCAAGCAGCAACUUGAUUGCACUCGACUUCAGGGUUCAGAUUUGUUUGCUUGUUGUAAGAAAAAUGAUCAUCAGAAAGAGUUUGAAUCCACUCAGAUGACACAGCUAACAAGCUAUCAUGGAGUACUUUUUCACUAUUCAAAAUAAGAAUAUCUGAGCCCAGAAAAGACAGACACUUUAUAAAUGGGUUAAAUGUGACUCAAUAAACCACCCAUACUCCACUCUGUUUUCUUUAAAAGAUAAAAGGUGGUUACGCUAAGUCUUGUCAGUCAGUUGUAAAAUCAGUAGAUUUUCAUUUAUAUGGCGUCGAUUCACCUCAGAAACUGAGAUGAGACACUGUGUAUGGAGGAAGUCAGAUCUAUACUUGUGUAAAAGAGUAAUGAAAGACUAAUCAAUUUCUGUGUGAUUAUUUGGAAGUGGUGGCAGAGAAAACCUUCCCUUUCACAGGCAGACACCUCAAGCUGGACCAAACUCACCAGUAAACAGAGAUUUAUCUCAGCUGUAAAUCUUCCUGAGUGAUGAUGGUCAGAGAUCUACAUUUAAUCGUUUGCCCAACAAGCAUUUCUGAGAAAACCCAUGUUAAAAAUUCACUUGUGUCUGUUAAGUCUACACUUUAAUGGUAUCAACAUGAUAUUGUAUUGUUGUGGGAUUGGUUUAUCGAUAAAAGCAGAUAUUAACACAGCCAAACUUUUACCUAGGACCUUGCAUUCAGUAUAUUUACAUGCACGGUUAAGUCAAGCUAUGGCUUGGGCACAUUUAGGAAAUAUAUGUGUCCUUGUCCCAUUAGACAUCUACUUUGCAGGUUACCCCAAAGAUGUUUAACCAGCAUAGUGAAAGUGUACUGAUUUUGGCCGCCACAUUGGUGGGGCCUUUGGAUUUUUGGCAAAAAGCUACAAUAUGUUCACUUGCCAAAUACACCUUGACAUAUGCUUAAUUCUUUAAAAACGUGUAUGACCCUUUUGUCUAGAUAACAUAUAAGUUAUAACAAUGAUGUGAACAAAUAAUGAGUCACUAUUCCAACAAAAACUGCAUUUAAACCAGACCAUAAACAUGUACAUUUUCUGUGAAAAAUUGUCUUUUAGACAUGCUAAUAAUGGGGUCUUUAGGACCCAGCAUUAAGUGUACACUUCAGUUUUUGGCACUCUAAUGGUGGCAGAUUGCAGGUGGAUUUUUUACUCAUGGUGACCGUCACGAACCAUUUGCGUUAUUUUUGUUAAGUAAUUAUACAAAAACAGAGACUUGACAAAAAGCCAUCCAAACUGUGUUGCAUCCUUUGAAAUACUGUUUUGUCAAGUUAAGAAUAUAACCAUAUAAAAAUGAAUAAGGAUUAAGAUGAAGAGCUCCAUAAUAAACUCCUGAAACAGCUUCUGUUUUGCCUCUAUCAACAGUCUUCUUCCUGACAUGAACCAUGAGAUUCAAGGGAGAGCUGGGUCGCCUCCUCAAAAGGGGGAGUAGUGGAGAGAGGGUGGGGUGCUUGUGACUGUUUUUAAGUUGGUAUUUUGUGGAAAGACUUUUGUAUCUGAGUCAGAUAAGUACAUUUCAAUGCAUCAUUUUGAGGGUAACUCAGAAAGAGGCUGCUACAUUAGAUGUUAAAUCUAUAAAAGUUCAGUCAUUUUGCAAAGGAAGGUGAGAAAUGCUUCCUGAAGAGAUCAUACUAUGAGCAGCCCCAGUCAUCCUGGGAGAAUGGGCAGUGAGGUCUGAGUGGAGGGUAAGUGGAUGAGAAGGGGCAGGAAAAGGGAGGGGGUUCCAUUCAAAACAGCUGAAGAAAAGAGAGGGAGGUGGGAGGGAGAGGGAGGCAGGGGUGGUCCUAACAUGACGUGUGUCAGUCUGUAGAAAUGUGUGUGGAGCUCUGUCUUCUGUUCACACUGGCUGAGAAGUACUGGAAGAGACAGAAACGCAGGACCUAUCCUCAGACCUCGAGAACUAAAGACGGAGCCACCUCACACGAACAAAGCCUGAGAGUUUUUAUUACUGAGUGAGCAGAGACGCUAUAGAAAAGAGCAGCAACUACUAAGAGAAUUUUUGAAACACUUCUAUAAUUAUCUGAUUUGUUUUUUCAGUAUUUUGAAUUUUAAUACUCAUUUUUUAAGAAAGGAAUUUUGGACUUUUUCAAAUGCUUGGAACAAUAACUUUGACAGGUAAGCACAUUACUGUAGGAACAUUUGAUAUUUAAAUAUUGAGACAUUUGACUUUUGUGAUAUGGAGUUGUGUCUGAUGUGACCAGACAGUUCUUUCUUAUACUUUCAAGAAGUUGAAACUUCAAUGGCCUCCUCCAUUCUUACAAAGCAAGUGUUUGAGACCUAAAGCAUUGAUGUUUUCUUGAUACUCACCAAGAGCAUUAUUGUCCUAAGGGUGUGGUUAGCGGUGCUUGUGAUGUGUAGAUGUCCCAGCAGAGGCAAGUUAUAUCACUGUAGGUGGUUUUGUCUCAGUAAAUACUAAAGAAAACCCAAAGUAAUGCUUGUAGAGUAAAGUCAGUCCCUUCAUUGUAAUCUGUUAAGGCUGACAGCAAAAGGGCAUUACGCAUUAGUUUAUCUUCCCUGUGUAUGACUAGCACAUUACCAGGAUAAUUACGAUGCUGACAGCAUCCUCCAUUUCCCAUCGUAGUGCUCUGUGGUGAGAACCUGUUUACGUGCUGCUGUAAUGUACACCAUUCAUGCUGCUGAUCCUACUGUACCAUGCCAAACCAACUGCUGUUUGCCCUGACAUCAGAUCACACUUCCUCCUAUACUGCCAGGCUACUCAGUUUGAGAGAAAUUUCUCAGUCAUAGCUGCCAGACUGAAACCUUCCAAGAUGCAUUUGCAGAAUUAUUCUAUGAAGCUGCUUUUAGCUUUCCUGCCACCAUGCGAGCCAGCACUCUGAGCAUUUACCGUCAUGGGCAUAUGUUAUUAAUUACAUGCCAAGACUGAUCCUUCUUUGGGGCUUAUAACUGGGAGUGAUGGUUUCAACCAAGCAAGUCCGUAAUUUCUUGCUUGGUGGUGCAUAUUAGAGCAUUGAUUUGAAUAGGCAUAAAAUGUGUUCUCAACACCUUUGCUGGAGGUUUAUUCAACACACAUGCACAUCUCACUUCAACCUCUGCAAAGUUGGUUGUUGAAGGUUAGUGAUGUAGAUGUUUGGGAUCCUGUGGAGACCCAUCUCUGAUACAGAAAGAGGGUGUUAGAUAGGGUCCUUCGGGGGAUGGUGUGGAGCCAUCUCCAGGCUUUUCUAACUGCUUUUUUUAACUGCUUUAAACUCCUUUUUUUAGUGUGUCAGCUCAGACAAUGGUAAUUACAUGAUGGAUUUGCAUAUAUUUUGUUAAGUUUGUAAAUAGAGUAAAUAGAGUACAAAAACCUGCACUAGUGCAGCAACAACAGAAACAACAGAAAACCUCUCUGGAGUGUAUUUACAACAAUCGUUUUUUGACUGUGGUGAGGAUAUGCAAUAUAAGAGCAUCGUCUUUCAAACUGACUUACACACACACACACACACACACACACACAAACAAAAUUAAAGCCUGUUUCCAGUACAACACAAGCAUUUCAGCUAUGAACGUGUGUCACUGAUAAGCAACACCCACUAAAGUUAGUCAAAGCUGCAGCCCUAGGGCAUACCCUCCCUCCCCAUUUCUUCCAACCUCCCCAGCAUCCCUUCAUCUCCUAACUGUCCCCUUCUAACCCCCGGCAGCCUUACCCAUCACACUUGCAUUCUUUCUGGUACAGUCGUUAUUCAAAACACCCACCCGCCUCCCCCUCCUUCUUCCACACCAUGCAUUAACCAGCCCCCCACUUCUGAACCAAAUCAAUUUAGGGAUGUUAACAGUUGUGUGCCUGUAAAAAGGAGGAAAAAGCUGGGCCGGAAAACAAAGAUAAAAAAAACGGGAGAGAUGCAAGUAGUCUGUUAAAUCAACAUGGCUCCUGGUUUACUAUGCAUGUAGACACACAUGUUCACAGUAAACCAAAUAGUUCAGAAUAUCUCAGUUAGAUUACCCCAAAGGUGGUUGGUUAGGGUAUGUUUGUGGUCUGGUCCUGCUGGUUUUAACUUACAAGUUGAACAACUGUAUUUAGGCAGUUUUUAAAAAAAUAACUUUUAGGCAGAAGAGAACCUACUCGCUAAUAAAAAUUGUAUAUGUGAUGUGGUUUCUGCAGUACUUUUUAUGCUUACACCAGUUGAGUAAAGUCAGCAAACUUCCUCCAUGCUGCUACAGGUCUUGAUAGAAACAAAAAAGUUCACCACCCCCCAGCCUUUAUUACCAGAGGCCAGUAAGGGUUACAUGGCUUUUGUGUUUGGCUGUGUGUGUCUUGGGAAGGGGGUGGACCCCAUCCAUCCUGCUGUGGUGGAAUUUGGGUCAAGGGGAUUUGGAGUUGAGGCUUGUAUUGUUUGGUUUGAAUUCUACACCAGCCCUAGCCAGACACAGUUUAACCGAAAAACAAACAAACACUGAAGCUCUCUGGCAUUGCAAUUCAGAUUAUCUUUAGAGCAUCCCAAAAUAAUCCUCCUAAACACAUAGUCAACAGCAUUGCUCACAUUCCUUUGAAGACAAGUCUAUACAUAAGAUAUGGGCGUGCCCUUACUCACAACAUCAGUAAAUUAAAUAAGUGUUCUCAUCACACAUACGUGUCUUGUGAAUUUACCGCAGGAGUAUUUGCAAAAGUUUUUAGAUAUAGUUGUCCUAUUGGUCCAUUUCUUAAAACCGAAUGUUAAUUUGUGGUUUUCGAGUGGAAAUAUGUGUGGAAUGCAGUGCUAGUGAGUGAAGUGUCAUGCCUGUAAUUUAGUUAAAGGAUGUGGACAGAUGUGGGCACAGAGUUUGUGUGUGACAGAAACACAGACAUCCCCGACUUAUAUCAGAAUUGAUUUAAAACUAAAAGAAACUUUUACAGCAGGUACCAUAAAUUAUAUUUUAAAAUGUGUUUGCAACAGAACUAUGUCAAGAAUUAAGUCCUUUUUAUUAAUCCUCAUAUGUGAUUAACCUCACAAGUCCAGAUAUAAGUCAUAACUCAAAAUAUAACAGGUAGACAUUUUUCUUCUGUGCUAAACAGGUGACUGCAUGAGUUGGGGUGUUAAUUAAGCCCCGUAGCCCCAUGUACAGAGGUUAAAACUCUUGUAACAGGAUGCAUAGCAUUAAUUUCAGUAUACAGCUCUUUUCCAUUUGUCUAUAUCUAUCUCAUCUCCCCCUUUGUACUAUCUUCCCAAAAGGACAUAAAAAACCUAAACAUGAACCAGAGAAACCAGAGAUGUCAGGUCGGUGGUGCCCACAGUUUUUACAGCUUGUGAAGGUGUGUGAUAAGGUAAAGUUUUAGUCAGGCAGUAGAAGUCCUUGGUAUUUGUCUUGACACUGUAGGUGGAUCAAACAUGAGGACAAGUAAAAUUAGAGAAGGCAGAUUAAAAGAAAAACCGAAACCGAAAGCUCCAGAUACAGGCAGCUCAUCAUCCCUUACUUUUUUACCCAAAACACACUCUGAAAUGGCAAACAGUGUAUUGUGUAUUUAUCUCUUAUCAUAGCAACUUGUAAGGUUGUUUUGUUUUUGAUUAGAACCAAAGAACUACUCACAAUGAUUACAAACCUAAACGAGCUGUGUUAUCUGAUGACGAGAGCUCAGAAUGUACCAAAGCAUCUCUCUUGCAACAUUUUUAUGUAGCUCCCAUACUAUGGACAACUUGGUUCCGCCUUCUGCCAGUAUAGGAUUCAAAGCGGAAAAGCUCUCUGUAUUUCUUAUUUCUCCACUUCUUGAAACCAACAUUGCGCAGUUGAGUGGUACGCAUUCCUCCACUUGCAUAGUACCAUUGUAAGCAUUCAGCUCAAACAGCAUAUCCCCCAGAUGAGCUACACGAUCUUAUAGGCUGUAGCAAGUGUCAAGCAUUGAAAACAUAAAUCCCCUAGUUACUGUUAAAAAUGGAGUUGUACAGAAAAAAUGAGGACUUGAGCACAAACCAGUCUUACAGUAACUACAUGUCAACAUUACAAGCAGGGGGCAGAAAAAAAUGAUAUUUUACGUAAUUUCUGAAGUUUAUCACACCUCCAUAGGGAUGGCUGGAGGAGGCAGGAUUUAUGACCUAUACUGCAGCCUAUCACCAGAGGGUGCUGUUCUCAGGGUGGCUUCAUCCAGCGAGGAGGCAGACGGCUUCCAUUUUGUAUACAGUCCAUGGUAGUUCCCUCUCAGCAUGAGUGUGAUUUGAAUCAUGGGUCAACAGUCAUUUCUCUGACUUGCCUAGAAAGGGAAAGAAUAUGCUGUAACAAAUUGCAUUCUGGUUAUAAGGAAACAGUGUUAUGCUCAAUUAGGGAAAAUUUUGGUGUAAGGGAGUGUUUGAUGAUGAUGACAGUCUGAAGAGAGUAACUAGUUUCAUCAUCUGAAAUCACACUAUCCUCAAGACCACUUCUUUGAGAUUGCAAACCUAUAGUGCUGAGUGGAUGUUGUUGUACUUUACGAAGUAGUAAAACUACAACUUUAAAACUAAUUUUAAAAAAAAUUGUAUUUUGUUAUUUCAGUUGGUCAGCCAGAUGGUGUAUCUGUGGCUCAGAAAGAAGAAGCCCCUGAGACUAUGGAUGUCCAGGAUGAAGUGACUCCUCAAGUUAAUGGCGAGAAACUGGAGAAAGAGUCUCCUGAUGGCAAUGACAUAUCCGCUGUUGAGGAGAAUGCAGCUGAGGAGAAACCUGGGGAUGCUAAUGAAGUCGGGUUCAAGAAAAUCUUCCGCUUUGUAGGCUUCAAAUUCACCCUGAAGAAAGACAAAAGUGAGGAAAAAGAUCCUGUAAAGCUCUUGACGGUCAAAGAUAAAGAGGGGGAAGAGGUAGUCGGGUCUGAUGAAGCCACUAAGGAGGGGGAGGCUGUUACUAUGGAGGAGAAAAGCCCUGCUGAAGAUAAGGAGGCUGACAGAGAGACAACUAGCAUUGAGGCUGAGGUGACUAAAGAUAAUGACAAAGCUGAAGCUGCUGAUGCUCCAGCUGAAGGUGCUGCUGAACCUACUGAGGAAACUGUGAAGGCGGAAGGAGCUGAAAAGGAAGGUGAGGCUUCUCCACCAGCCCAAGAGACCACCCUCUCUCCUUUCAGAAGGCUCUUCAGUGGAGGUCUCUUCUCCAACUUGAGAAAGAAAACUAGCAUCAAGAAGACUAAAGAGGAGGAAGAAAAAGAAGCAGCUGUUGAAGAAGAAGCAGUUAAGACAGAGGAAACUGCUGCUGCUGUGGAGGAAAAAGAGGAAAAGGAGGUUGAGAAAGAAACCAAGAAGGAGGAAGCACCAGCCACUCCCAAAGAAGAAAAAUCUGAGCCCAAAGAGGAGACACCAGCCUGUCCAGAGGAAGCAAAAUCAGAGACUGCCCCUGAGCCAGAGGUCCCUGCUGAAACUCCUGCUCCAGCUACCACCACUGAUGAAACUGAACAAGAGGAAGAAAAGGGUGAACUCAAUGCAGAAGAGGAGAAAGCACCUGCUGAGGUGACAACUGAGGCUGAGCUGCUGUCAUCUCAGGAGAAGGCAAAGCCUCAAGGAAGCCCUCUGAAGAAGCUCUUCACUGGGGCUGGCCUUAAGAAGCUCUCAACCAAGAAACAAAAAGCAAAGAAAGAUGUUGAGACCAAGCCAACUGAGUCUGGGGAGCAAGCAGCUGAGCAGUUUCAGUCCUCCACAGAGUCAACAGAGGCUCCAAAGGCUGAGAGUGGGCCCUCAUCCCCUGAGGAAUCAGGAGAGCAUGUCCUUGCUGUGGAGGUGAACCAAAUUGAGUCAAGCCAAGAGACAGAAGGGGAAGUUACCUCUGAUGGAGAGAAGAAAAAAGAGGGGAUCAUUGCCUGGACCUCUUUCAAGAAGCUAGUUACACCCAAGAAGCGUGUAAAAAGGUCCUCUGAGAGUGAUGAUGAAGCUACAGGUGAGAAACUAGCAAAGUCAGCCACUCUGUCCUCAACUGAGAGUGCCCCUCUAGCAGACAAGAGUGUAGAAGAGGGAGCUAAGGAGGAAAAACAAGCUGAAGUAGAGCCAAAGACUGAAACCACUGAGAAAUUGUUAAGCAGCACUGAGGAGCCUAAAAAGAAAAUUGACACCUCCGUCUCCUGGGAGGCUCUGAUGUGUAUGGGUGGACCUAAAAAGAGAACUAGGAAGACAUCUGAUUCUGACGAUGAGGAGACCAAGAUUGAAGAAGAAGUUUCUGCUCUAGCAGUUGAAGGAGAACAGGAAGGAAAAAUGGAGGCUGCUGUUGUGACUUCACAGAGCACAGAGCAUGAAGGAGAAGUUGUGUCCUCUCCUGAACCUCUUAGCAGCCCCCCUGAGAGGGAGUCCACCUGGGACACUCUGAAACGCAUGGUAAUGCCCAAGAAUAAAACCAAGUCUGAGGACAAGACUGAAGACGGUGGAGAGCAAGUCCUGUCAGACAGUGAAGCACCAAAAGACGAGUCAACCUUUUCACUGAGGAAGUUCUUGCCUGGGCGCAGAAAGAAGAAGGCAGAGAAACAAGCGUCCACUGAACAGUGCACAGGCGAUGAGGACUCUGACACUCCUGCUGUGGUACCCCUCUCGGAGUAUGAAGAAUCAGAACAGGAAGUCCUAUCAGAACCAGAACCUGAACCAGCUUUGGUCCAGACUAAAGUAUCUGCUGAAGAUCGUUCCCCUUCAUGGAUCCCAGCUGUGGUUGAACACAUCGAAGACAAACUUGAUGAGCUAAGCGACAUCCCUGAAGAGGCAGAGAAUGCUGCCACACCAAAGUCUGUAGACACUGACAUAACAGAGGAUGACACUGAGGAUGAUGCUGCUUUUGCUGCUAAAGUGAAGGCAUUGUCAGAGCGAAGGCUGUCUACAGCUGAGGUGAAGCCCAUCGAUCAAGCCCCAUCUGCUGAAACUACUCCUGUUCCUCAGGGACCUAACCCAGAAAGUGCCAAAGAAGUUUUAGAGUGCAUACAGGCUCACGUCAGUGAAAUUCCUAUCAAGACAUCGGUGGCAGUUGAAAGUGUACCAGUUGAGGUAGCCUCUGUCAAAAUUGAGUUUGAACCUCCCAUUGAGACUGCCGAGGCCAAGACUAACGCAAUCCUGGAGCCACAUACUUGUGCUGAGGCAGUGGCUAUCUGCACAGGCCUUGGGACUGAGGAGAUUGCUAAGGUAGCUCUGCAGAAACCUGCAGAGCCCAUCAUGGAGACUGUGGCUGUGAUCUGUGAUGCUCUAGGCACAGAGGUGUCCCAGGAGGAGAAGCAACCAUGUGUAGAGGAAGCUUCCGUGACAGAGGAUGAAGUACUCAGAGCACAAGUGCACCAGGUCGAAACAACUGAGCUUGAGCCUGCUGUGGAGACUCUAGCGUGUGAAGUCACAAAUGUUCAAGCAGCUGAUGAGAACAUCGAACCUGAGAUUGAGAAGGUUGGAGUCAUCAGUACUGUUCUGGAGGGAUCCGAAAUAGUUCAGCCUGCAACUGUGAGUGAAAACUCCCCCAAAACAGUUGUUGUCGGCGCCAUAACUCCUACAUCUGAAACAGCCAUUUGCACUGAAAGUGUAGUAGUCACUGAGCCAACUAUUGAAACCAAGGAGGUGAAGAUGGUAGACACUGAGGUCAGUGUCCCUAAGGAGGUCCAGAAGGUGACAGAGGAGUUCACUGUAGAAGCAUCAAAGGUGACUGAGCCUGAGGUCCUUGAAGGCCCAAGUGAGGAGGCUCCUGUUAUCACUGAGACUGUGGUUCUUGCUACCUCACCCAUCUUGGAGAUUGAACAAGUGAAAAUAUCAGAACCAGUUGGGGUAGAACCAGUCCAGGUGCAGGAAAUUGAGGAAGAGAAGACUGUUGAGGCUACAACUGUUCCAGCUGCUGAAUCAGAGAUUAGUGCAGCUAAUGAGGAAGUCAGUGAGACCAUUGAAGAAAUUAAGGAGGACGUUCCCAAAGACAGUGAAUUUGAGGCUCAGAGUAAGGUCAUUGCUGAGGUUGUCAUCCAGGAUGCCGUGGACAAAGUGUCAGAAGACACUGCUAAACCAAAAAAGCCAACCACCCCUAGUACCAUGCCAGCACUGGUCAAGGCUACUGCAACAACAGAGAAAGAGAUAGAAAUCUCAUCAGAGGGUCCUGUUAUCACUGACACCCCUGUUCCUUUAGUUUGUGAAAAACCAAAGUCCCCUCAGACCCUACAUGUGGCUAUGGAAGUAAUCGCCACAAUCCCAGUGGAGGUUGUAGACAGCAUUUAUGCUUCUGGAGAAGAGGAGAUGAAACCAGGAGAGUUAAAGAAAACUGUGGAGGUAAAUGUAAGUGAAGAAACUGUGGUGGUGGAAGAAGUCAUGGAGAUAAAAGAGAGUCCGACAGGUGAAGAGCUUGAUGAAGUCAAGGAAGAAGAGGGAAAAGAUAACACUGAAGUUCAGGAACCGGCUGAGGUAGUGGAACCAGUAUCAGUGGAAGCAGAGGCAGAAGCUCCUACAGAGGAGAAAAAAGAGAAAGUGUUUGAGAUCCACACACCAGUCCAAGUUUUCCUACAGACAGCACAGAUGAUGGAGGAACCAUCAGUGGAGGAGGAGGUAGUGGUGGAGUUUGACAGCAAUGGUUUAUCCACUGAAGAAAGAAAUGUGGAACCUAAAAUACCAGCACUUGAAAACAAACUCUCAACGCUGCCAGAAAAUCUUGCCGAGGCUGCUUCAGCAAAGGACUCAGCUCCCAGCAAGGUGGCAGAGGAAGCAGCCAACCAACCAGAGACAGAGAAAACACCAUCAACAACCGUGAAGUGUGCAGAAGUAAUGGCGCAGGUGAUCGAGGUAAUCGAAGAGGCUGUGAAGGAGAUAGAGCCUGUGUCCACAGAGAUCACAGCAGCAUCAUGAGCAGGUGAGACAAGUCGAAAAAUUGAUAUGUAGUUAGUAAAGAGUAAUGAAGACUUCAAAGGUAGGAUAGGACACUGUGAUUUAAUGUUUGGUAUUGCAAAAGAAGAGUGGUUAUUUACAAAAUUCCUCCAUCAGCUAUCAACCAAACUUUUUUGAAACAUCAAUGGGCCCUACUUGUAUUAGGGAGAAGGGGAGGGGAUUUACCCACUGACCAGAUGAAAAAAGCUUUUGUUCAAGCCAUGAGUAACCAGGGGACCUUUGAUAUCAAAGCAGGAAUGCCGCCGUUGACCCCUUCAUUGUAGACUGGGGUCUUAAAGGGAAGCAGUGUUUGAGGCAGAUGAACUUGUGCUGAAAGACUGAUUAUGAUUCCUCUGCUCCCUCCUCCUGUUUCCCUCUGUCAUUGGCUCAGUAUGGAGUCAAGGAACCAUGGCAGGAUAUCACACUUGUUAGGUUCAAUUACAAAGCCUCAAAGGGCCCAAGUUGUUUUUUCCCCAAUUGUUUGACCAUAUUUUACCCUUUUUAUGUAUGUCAUACAGCACAUAAACUGACUUAUCCAUUUCUUGUUGAUGUCAGUUGUGAGGAGGAGGAAUAAAUUGUGCAUAGAUACCUCUCAUAUGUAUUCAGCAGACAUGCAGCUAGGCAGUACAGGACACCCUUGGAAGCAGAGGAGAAGGGAAAGUCAUGCAGGAGUGAGGCUGAUGGGUUAAAGCAGUUUAAAAUCAGCUGUGAAAAAGCAGUGCUCUUACUUUAAGUGUCAUAACUGAACAAUUAGAAGAAAGGUAAAUAAAGCAAACAGUGAAAGAAAUCGAAAAAGGAAGAAAUACAAAGAACUGCGAGUAAAAGAAGCUGAAACAAGUGCUGCAUCGAGAUAGGUAUAUCCUUGACUUGAACGCAACAUGAUUUAUGUAACUCUGUUUCUGGACAAUAUCCAAAUUUGUGAAUACUCAGAGCAAUAUGUCCUUUUAAAAUCUCUAUGUUGUUUCCUUGUCAUGGGACUUGCACCCUCUGUACCUCUCUAAUGUUCUGUGUUAAGUUGCUUUUUGGUAUGGAAGAUGGUUUCCAGAACAAAGAAGAGCAAUGUUAUAACCUGAUUUUGUGCCUCUUUGUCACAGCUGGAUUUUCAAGACUGAUGCCUGGGAGACUCAGCGUCUGCACCAGGAAGUGAAUGAUGAGGGAGAGAGAGAGAAAAAGAGAAAAAGGCAGCUGUGUGACAACACACUGAGACUGGGCCCCACCCACCUCGCCCUGAUAGACUGAGUGACUGAGCAACAGCUCUGUCAUUCUCUCUACCUCCCCUUCCACCUGUACUCUCACCCCAUCCUGCAGCUCUGUUAAUGCACCGUGACGUCCCACUCUCUUGCACACACAAACAAACACACUCAAAAGCAUGUCCUGUGCCUCAGAAGCAUCCCAUCUGGUUGUUUUCAGUGUGAUGUAUGUCCAGCGUCUCUGUGACUUUCCUUUGACCUUGCUGCACAAGAUGAGAGUGUGCACCUUGGUCAAGAGUCCGAUCCCUUCAUGUACUUGUGUGUGCUCAUGUGUAGGUUUGUAUGUGUAUAGACACAAGAAUGAGAUGGCAUCAAAAGUUAGGUUGAGAGAUGGAGAAUUAUUAUCUUGUAUAUUGUAUUUAUAUCAUAAGUAUUCUUUCAUCAUCCUUAUGAUCCAGUUUUUAUUUUUGAGUUCUUGCCAUUUUUGUUAUUAAAUGUACAUUUUACUUGUUUUUGAAAACCCCUUAUCAAACUGUGAUACAUCAGGUUUUUAUUAUGUAACUGUGUCAUUUUUUUAAAAAGCAGAAUAAUCCAAAAGGUGUCUUAUUAGAUUUACCAAAACAAAUGAAAGGCUGUUGCCUUUACAGUCAAAUUUAAGUUUAUUCCAAGACCCUGUAGCUAUUUUAGCUUAACCAUGGUACAAGCGUGGUCCCACUGACAGUAUUUGAUGACACAGACUGCUGAAGGCAUUGCGAAUACAAUGAUAAGGAAAAGAAGAGCUAUCCUUCUCACAUAUCUCUUGUUCCACUGUUAAUACUUGGCACACUGAAAAACACUUAAUAAGCUUCCUUUAGUUAACCAAGGUCAAUCACUGCCUAGUUUACUGUGAAAACGUUGUUUAACAUUUUUUUCUGUAAUUGUACAAUAAAAUAUGACAGUAAACCCCUAAUGGGUGAUCUUGCAGAGUUAGUGGCAUGAAAAAGAUGCAUUUGCCAAUUUCGACACUGUAAGGGUUGACAGGAGCAUGUAAGACACAUCAGUGUUCAGAUGCCAUGUUACAUAGGUCAUGUUUUGUAUCCUGUAUAACGCCUCCCUACUUCUUUAGCGGCAUGUUGACGCCACCUGUUGUCCACAAAAAGUAGUGCAUUCUUAGUUUUUGCUGUUGGUGUUUGUGUGUUCUAACAAGGAUGCUUAACAUUGUCUGUGAUCCCUGUUCAGUACCACAUUAUGCUGUCUUCCUCCUUGGUUGUUUUUCAACCUGGCAUGAUAGUUUAGGAUGAUUGAUCAAGCACCAGGGAGGACAUAGACUCACUGGUUUGGGGGAUUCACAGAGGCACAGAUACUGACUGCAUGGUACCAGGAUAGAAAACAAAGGCUUAUUCUUAUUCCUUAUUCAUUAAGGCAAAAUUAAGUUAGGAUCAAUCAGAGGAAGUCAUGGUCUUUCCCUUGCUCACAGGAUCAGGCAUCAGUUGGAUCCAAUUAAGCAUCUGCUCAGCUACUAUGUUGAGUCUGGACAGAUCAAACCUAAGUAACAAUUUCAGGGCUUAUUUUGUGUAAGUAACCGGGCAGUUGGGAAAGUUUUAAAACAUUCCCUUGGUCCAGUUUCACCACCAAAGCAUACAUGUGACUCAAGGUUACACUAAUAUUUGUUUAUUUCCUGCCAAAUUUGUCAAACUUGCACUGUGUCAGUCAUUCAGACAUCUUAAGGAAUCAACUGUGAGAGCUGACUGAAACCACAUUUUUUUUGUAAUGGGUGAUGAAUAGCUCGAGAGGCUCAUGCUUGGCUUAAUGACCAAACCAGAAAGAAAACAGAAAGUUAGGGCCACUUUCAGGAUCACCACUUCUUUUUAUUUUCACUCUCGAGUGUAUUUUUUUUCUCCAUAUUCGCUUUAAGUAAACAAGAAUUCAAGACUGACUUUUGCUCAAUCAAAAUUAUACACCAGUCCUCCCUGCUUUUUGUAACACACUUAACUGUGCACCUGUUAACAUUUGUACUGAUUGUUUACCUACUGUAUGUACUUAAGUCAUAUCGCAAUAUUUACAAAUAACCUGCAGCCAUUUAGCCAUAUUCAUUCAUGUAGCAUGGUCUUAGCUGUCUUUUAUAUUUUACAAGCUGUUAAUAGUAAAGAUGCAGAAAAACUUUGUCUAUAUUUCAUUCAAUAAAGUUAGUGAAAAAAAACGAGUGUCUGGUUACUCUGGUGUAUAUCCAUUGCUGAUAGACUUUUUGAAGCAUACCUUACAAAUACCUUUUUGUCAUCCAAUCAUCCAGAAAAUGCAUGUUUGAAGCCUGUGAUAAUCACCUCAACACCACACUAUAUUGCUAGGCUGUAAAAUGUUAAUUUAUAUAAUAUUGAUGGCUUAUACAGUGCCUGACAAAAGUCUUGUCACUUAUCCAUUUUGUAGAAACAACAGCUUAUAACCUGACUUGUCAUUAAUCCAUUGGUUUUAGAAAUGGCUCAUAUGAAAGCUAAAACCCUCCCAAAUUAUAUUUAAAAUCUAAAAUAAAUUUCCUUCACCGAAGAAAGAUUGAUCAUUUAAUGAACACAGAAAGGUCAGAUUUUGGCAAGACAAAAGUUUUGUCGCCUACAUAGAGUAAUGUGAAAAUUGAACAAAUAAUUUACUUCAAAUACAAAAUAUGUUGCACAACAUCAGUGAAUCAAGUAGUGGUGCUGUGAGAUCCAUAUUUAAUAUCUUGUAUGACUUCCAUGAGCCUGAAGAACUGCAUCCAUGCAGUUCAGCAACGAUUCAUACAAUUUAUUGAUGAAGUCAUCAGAAAUAGCAAAGAACGCAGUCUUACAUGCCUCCCAGAGUUCAUCAAGAUUCUUUGGUUUUGUCUUCCAUGCUUCCUCCUUCAUUUUACCCCAGACAUGCUCGAUGAUGUUCAUGUCUGGUGACUGGGCUGGCCAGUCCUGGAGCACCUUGAUCUUCUCCGCCUUGAGGAACUUUGCUGUAGAGAUCUAAGUAUGCGAUGGAGCACCAUCCUGCUGCAAAAUUUGACCCCUUUUAUGGUUGGGAAUGUAAGAGGUAGCUAAUACUUCUUGAUAUUUUAGGCUAUUGAUAUUGCCUUUCACCCUGCAAAUCUCUCGCACACCUCCAUGCUGGAUGCAACCCCAGACCAUGAUUUUUCCACCACCAAACUUAAUUGUUUUCUGGGUGAAUCUCGGAUCCAUGCAGACUCCAGUAGGUCUCCUGCAAUAUUUGCAGCGGUUGUGAUGUAAUUCAACCGAAGAUUCAUCAGAAAAAUCCACCUUCUGACACUUUUCCAGCUUCCAUCCUUUUAGCAGGCUGUGGGCCUUGGCAAAUGCCACAAGUUUUUUUAAUUUCUUUUUGUUUAGUGCUGGUUUCUGGGCACUGAUUCGACCAUGGAGGCCAUGCCGAGACAGAAUUCGACAAACUGUUCUGGUUGACACAGGGACUUGAGGUGACCAGACCUGGUGGAGCUCUGCUGCAGUGGAAAAGGGGCUGGCCUUGGAUUUUCAAGCCAACAAAUGGUCCUCCCGAGCAGUUGUCUUUCGGGGUCUGCUGGGCCUGGGCUUGUCAUAAACAUCUCCAGUCUCUUCAAAUCUUUUUCUUAUCCUUUGUACUUGACGCUGAGACACAUUGAAGGUGUCAGCCACCUCAGCAGUGGAUCUGGUCUUCAGCCUCUUGAUGAUCAAAGCUCUGGUCUCAGGGUGAAUCUUAGGCAUGUUGUCAGAGGUUAAGUUGCAGUUGAUGUGAAGGUCUGGUGUGCUGUGGUUCUUUCUAUACACCCACUAAUUGAUUGGUCAAUAACUGAUCACAGGUGAGGCUGUAAUCUUGGAUUGGGUGCAUCAUAUGACAAGGCGACAAGACUUUUGUCUGUGCAAAAACUGACUUAGUGGGCUUUACCAAGCUGUGAACAUUAGAAUGCUUUUCAGCAGUUUCAUUUGGCACCAAGACAUUAUUUCAAACACUGUUGGGAUUGAAAUUAGACAUUUCUUGUAAAAAAAAAAUGUAUUGCACAUAUAUUUGAGGGGCACUUAUGGUCAACUUGUACCCAAGCGACAAGACUUUUGUCAGGGACUGUAUAUAAGCUUGUAUAUGGCUUGUGUAUAUAUAAAAACAACAGGCCAAAAGUUUGGAAGCAAGGCCAUUACAGGCCGAACAGUUGGGAGUAACUUCAAGUUUAUGCUCACAAUGCUUUUUUUUUUUAAAUCCAGCACGAGUUUUAUGUAUUUUGGGAUGUAUUUACUCCAUGAUCAGAUGUUGCUUUCAUGGAAAUGCACUAUUUUACUCCAUUUACCUUUAGAUAUACAUUGAUGUUAACAGACCAUUGCUAAAUAUAUGUCAGCAAAAGAUAAUAAGGGCUUUGUUUUAGGAUUGAAAACAUUUGCAAGAGUCACUACUUCAGUGCAAAGGCAAAAAAGCAAAUCACAGUUGGAUUAUUCACCUAAACUGUUCGGCUUUUGAGAGCCUGUAUACAAAAAUUCUAAUAAAUCUCAACUGCAUUCAAACUGCCACAAAAAUGGCUAGGAAGAAGCAACUGAGUAAAGAAACAAAAGUACAGAUUUGUACAUUGAGGAAAGAAGGAUACACAGAAAGAGAAAUUGCAAAAUGCCCAAAGGGGUUUAACAAAGGAGUCCACUGCACUCUGAAGAGACUAGAGGAACCUGCAAGUUAUGAUGAUAGAAAAAGGCCUAGAUGAAAGAGAGUUACUGCAAAAGACGAGGAUAAACAUAGCAUUGUCAUCAGUAAGAGAGAUCGGCAAAGGACAGCACCAA